CUAAAAGACAGAGCAAGGAAUGGCCGCUCUAGGCUGCAUGACGUCCCAGCAGCUCGCGGAUUGGCUAGGACCGGCGCUGGUCAUGUGAUCUCCGUGACGUGUCCAGGGAAGUGUCCACUGCAGGUGCUAUACUGUAUGAGACCGAAGCGCGGAGACCCCCGGAGGCCGUCAUAUUAACAGAGCUCGGAGCCGCUGGAAGCUCAGUGAGCGUCGCCGUGUCGGGUCACCAGCUGCGGUCUGGCGGCGUCACCAUGAUCAAAGCCAUACUGAUCUUCAAUAACCAUGGCAAGCCCCGGCUGUGCAAGUUCUACCAGCACUACGUGAGUGACGCCACCAUGCCCCUUAUUGCCAGCCCAGCUAUCAGCCAGCAUCCUGUGAUACCCAGUAUCUAGCAACUGGAGUGUGAUACCCAGUAUCUAGCAACUGGAGUGUGAUACCCAGUAUCUAGCAACUGGAGUGUGAUACCCAGUAUCUAGCAACUGGAGUGUGAUACCCAGUAUCUAGCAACUGGAGUGUGAUACCCAGUAUCUAGCAACUGGAGUGUGAUACCCAGUAUCUAGCAACUGGAGUGUGAUACCCAGUAUAUAGCAACUGGAGUGUGAUUGAUACCCAGUAUCUAGCAACUGGAGUGUGAUACCCAGUAUCUAGCAACUGGAGUGUGAUACCCAGUAUCUAGCAACUGGAGUGUGAUACCCAGUAUAUAGCAACUGGAGUGUGAUUGAUACCCAGUAUCUAGCAACUGGAGUGUGAUGCCCAGUAUCUAGCAACUGGAGUGUGAUGCCCAGUAUAUAGCAACUGGAGUGUGAUGCCCAGUAUAUAGCAACUGGAGUGUGAUGCCCAGUAUAUAGCAACUGGAGUGUGAUUGAUACCCAGUAUCUAGCAACUGGAGUGUGAUACCCAGUAUCUAGCAACUGGAGUGUGAUACCCAGUAUCUAGCAACUGGAGUGUGAUUGAUACCCAGUAUCUAGCAACUGGAGUGUGAUUGAUACCCGGUAUCUAGCGACUGGAGUGUGAUUGAUACCCGGUAUCUAGCAACUGGAGUGUGAUACCCAGUAUCUAGCAACUGGAGUGUGAUUGAUACCCAGUAUCUAGCAACUGGAGUGUGAUUGAUACCCAGUAUCUAGCAACUGGAGUGCCAGAGGUUAUCCUGUGAUACCCAGUAUAUAGCGAUUGGAGUGCCAGAGGUUAUCCUGUGAUACCCAGUAUAUAGCGAUUGGAGUGCCAGAGGUUAUCCUGUGAUACCCAGUAUAUAGCGAUUGGAGUGCCAGAGGUUAUCCUGUGAUACCCAGUAUAUAGCGAUUGGAGUGCCAGAGGUUAUCCUGUGAUACCCAGUAUAUAGCAACUGGAGUGCCAGAUGAUAUCCUGUGAUACCUGGUAUCUAGCAACUGGAGUGCCAGAUGAUAUCCUGUGAUACCCGGUAUCUAGCAACUGGAGUGCCAGAGGUUUUUCAGUGAUACCCAAUAUACAGUGACUGGAAAGCUAGAGGUUAUUCUUGGAUACCCAGUACACAGCAGCUGGAGUGUUUGAGGUUGUUCUGGGAUGCUCAGUACACAGUAUCUUUAGUGCCAGAGGUUAUCCUGGCAUACCUUGUAUCUUUGGUGCCCAGUUCAUAGCAACUAGAGUACCACUGGCUACACUGUGAUACCUAAUAUGCAACAACGGAAGUGCCAGAGGUUAUUCUGUGAUAGUUUACAUAGCAGCUAGUAAUCCAGAGGUUAUCCUGUGAUAGCAAAUACACAGCAGCAAUGCCAGAGGUUGCCAUCUCUAUAUUAUGCUAAAGUGACUGUGGAUAAAAUACAGUCACCUGUAAAGUAAAAUAAGAUUAUAUUGUGUAUAUCAUAGUAAAAUAAAACUCUUUACAUUUAAGAAGGAUAGAUCUCGUACUGUGCAUGUAUUGUUAUUUUAUAAUCCAUUUUCACAUGUUCCGGUGAAGCAGUUGGCAAUAUGGAUGUUUCUUGUAAUUGGUUCUGUUGUUACCAGAGCAAAAUGAUUCAAUCAGGCAACCUACACACAUCCAACAUUGUGCUAACGUUUUGAAAUUGCCAGUGAUAAAUGAGCAUUAACAAUUUGUACAUUUGUAAGGUUUUCAAAAAAAAUCAAGACCAUUUUGUUUUCUUCAGUGUUUACUACAUUAGCAAAAUAGAACAUGUAUCCGAGCAUUUUAUACACUGUGCAAGAAUCCACCAUAGUCCAAAGAUAUUAAUUUUGUUUGCUUCAUUCACAAAGUUCUUUUUGGUUACAUGAACGUUCGUAUUAUGUCUUCAGUUAAGCUGCAUUGACCUAAAAUCCAGACUCAUUAGAAAUGUGUAAAAAUCUGUGGUUUUAUUUAAAAAAAAAUGUACCAAAUAAUUUCACAUUGCAGUAUAUUAUUGAGAGUUUUAAGAAUGGAAUCAUGUGUUAAAGAUAAUGGUUUCUCCUUGUCUGCUGUUUAUCACAUGACUGUAAUGUGAAUCAUUAAGUAGGACUCUCUGUAAGGUCUUUCAUGGGCUGAAUAUGGUUUUUCAUUUUUCUUCAAUUCGUUUUACUUUGAGCUGUAAUGAUGAGCCACUAUAGGCACUAUCAUACCUCGCAAGUGUCCGUAUUUAGGAGGGACAGUCCCCAUUUCCCUCAAAUCCCUCUGUCCCUCUUUUCUAUCCUAAUGUACCUAAUUUCUAGUAGCUCUGUAUUUUUGGUGUGUAUGACAGAGCUCCACAGCAAUAAUACUUGCAUUAAUGAGUCUUUAAAAACUACUAUAAACAUGUUUAGAAUCAGUCUGUGUAAAUAAGAUACCUUAUUCUUGUUCUAAAUAACAUUUUAGUUCCAGAAUUAUUAGUAGUAACCUAGCUAAAACCUCUCUGAACAGCUCACCUCUAAUAUUUAAGUGUCCUUCUUUAUCCAUUUAACAUGUUGUGAGGUAGUCACCAUACCCAUUUCAACUGACUGAAGUAGUUAAGGUGCCUGCAGUCUAUGGGGGCCAGAUCCUGCAUCACUGCUAAAUAGUUUACUCACAGUUUAGUACAGAUGCUCAGUCACAGACAACCUGCAGCCCAGGCUCCAAUUAUGAUGCUGAAGGUGGAGCUAUGCUGGCCACUUUGUCCAUACCAAUGUAUACCAAGGAUUGAGUUGGUGGAUGUCCGAGAGCACUUAUUUGACACUCUCAACCUAUCACUGCUUGCUACCCUUGGUACGACAUGAAGCAGAGCAUAGCUCCGCCUCCACCAUUUCCACAAUGGCAUUUCAGAAAUGGAGGUAACAGAGCUGUAAUUGAGAGUGAGUAAAAGUGUUUACUAUAGCUAUGAUCUUCUAAUGAUGUAUUCCUUACUGCUUAUAAAAAUUGCCACUGGAUAAAAAUAUCGUAAGCUGUUUCUUUUUUUGGGGUUUUUUUUUAGUAGUUCCGUCGCAAACAGUGCACUCAAGUUCGAGAACAUCAUUUUACUAUAUCUUUGUGGAGUCUAUGACCAAUACUGAAGAGACCAGUAAACAUAAUUGCUUGAAUACUGUGUGACCGUUAUAACUGACCUUUUUGAUCAAACCAUAAAAGUAUGAGCUAAAUAUUAAAGGAACACUAUAGGGUCGGGAACACAAAUGUGUAUUCCUAACCCUAUAGUGUUACAAUUACCAUAAAGCCCCGCUGGCCCCCCCUUGCCAUCCAAAAUAUAAAUAUAGUAAAAUCUUGCCUUUAUUCCCAUCUGCUGGUGCUGGCUCUGCCCCUGAUCUGCAUCCUUGGCCGACAUCAUCAGUAGUGGUGAUCUCAGCCAAUCAUAAUGCUUUCUUAUAGAGAAACAUUAAAUUGGCUGAGCUUGUCAAGGAGGCAGAUCAGAGGCAGAGCCAGCACAGCCAUGGCCAGUCUGCAUCUCAUCAUAGAGAUGCAUUAAAUCAUUGCAUCUCUAUGAUGAAAGUUCAAUGUCUCCAUGCAGUGGGUGGAGACACUGAAUGUCAUUGCUGCACAUUGUGCAGCACUGCCCCAGGAAGCACCUAUAGUAGCUAUCUGUGGAGUGGCCAGUGAAGGUAUCCCUAGGUUAUAAUGUAAACACUACAUUUUCUUCUAAAAGAUAGUGUUUAGUGCAAAAAGUCUACAGUGAAUGAUUAUACUCACAGAGCAAAUACAACAAGCUGUAGUUGUUCUAGUGACUUUAGUGUCCCUUUAAUCACCAAGUGCACUGGAACCGACACACCAUUGUCAGAUUGAAGAUACUCCAUCUUGGUCUUCUUUUUGUUCUUUUGUCAAUGUUGUUUAUAUAUGCAUAUUUUCUCCUUACUUGCAGAGUGAAGAUACACAACAACAAAUCAUCAGAGAAACAUUCCAUUUAGUGUCCAAAAGAGAUGAGAAUGUUUGCAAUUUCUUAGAAGGCGGCUUGUAAGUAUUUAACUUUAAUAAUGUGGAACACCAUUGUUUUCUGAACCCUUUUUAAUUAGAGAUUAUAAUCCUAAAAGUGACCACUUGAAGCUAGUAUGUCACAUGACUACCCAAAUACAAAAGUACUUUGUAGCUCUAAAUGGUUAAUCUUUUAGAACUAAUACUCUCAGUAGCAGUAGAGCAUGACUCUCAGUAGCAGUAGAGCAUCUGCUCAGGUUACUUUCUUCUAGUCUCAUAGUCUAUAUGCUUAUGAGGUUUAGAUGCAAUCUGCUUGAGGAGUGCAUUGUCUGAUGUGUUGUAUUUUUUAAUAUAAAAACCAAAACACAUUGAAAUAAUGUGGUAAAAUGUGUCAGAAAAUUCGUAGUCACACUUAUUGUUGAUCUGUCAAUGACAAUAUUCGUUAAUACCUUAUCGAUAAAUGGUAUGUUAUAAGAUUCUGUAAUAUUUACAGCUUUUAUUAAUCUUAAAGCUUCACUGUCAUGGCCAAAUCCAGUUACAAUAAGGGGAGGACACCUAUUGUCCUCCUCCCCCCACCCAUGAGCGGUGGGUGGGGACACUAAAUUACAAUAAGGGGGGGACCUAUUGUCCUCCUCCUCCCCCCCACCGCUCAUAGGUACAAAAGGUGCCUCCUCCUUAUUGUAAUUUAGGGCCUGGUGGAGGACAAUAGGUCCCCCCAUUUUCAUUUAGGGCCCCCACCCGCCGCUCAUGGAUGGGGGCUGGUGGGGAGGACAAUAGGUGUCGUCCGUCCCCUUAUUGUCAUAUAGGGGCCCCCACCCGCCGCUCAGGGGUGGGGGCCAAGGGGGACUUCAUGUCCCCUGUUUACUUGACUAGCCCCCUCGCGGGGCACGGGUGGGGGCAUGUUGGGGACACUAUGUUACCCCCCAGGCUAGUUAAAAGAUGCCCCACCAUGGGCCCAUUUAUUUGGGGGGGGCGGGGGGGGUGGGGAUUAUUUAUUUUAAUUUUGUUUUUACAAGCGUGAGCACCACAGGCUGCUCACUGUUUACUAAACAUACCCCUACCCGCGGCAUAGCGAGUAGGGGCAAAUGAAUUACUAAUACCAAGUAAUUUUCACUUAGUAUUCGUAAAGAUUCUAGGUCCCCCCUUCAAUUUAAUAGCCCCCACUCGUGUGGCACGGGUGGGGGCUCGGGAGGGGGGGAUAAUAAGAGGGUGUUUUUUUUUUUAUUUUAUUUUAUUUUUAUAACAGUGAGCAGCCAAUAAUUGUAUACAGUGUAUUUUUGUACGAUCCAAAACUUAAAAUUAAGUAAUAAUAAAGUACAGCAAUGAGACAGAAGAGAUAAAAUGCCUCUAGGAUAGGUAUUUGUCAGUAUUUGCUGCUUCAUUAUUCUUUGUUAUUGCUUUUGAAUGAGCUUUACAGAUGGUUAGCUAAUAUGUUACAUAGCCCUUUUAAAUAAAAAACUUCAACAUUAACACAAACAAAUGCUCUAUUGUGAGUAUCCAUCAUUUGCAGCAAAUUCCCAGAUCCUGGUGCUUUUCUAGUGAUCUCUCCAUCAAUGUGCAAGUACCUGUACAGUUUUUAUCCCCUUAAGGACACAUGACAUGUGUGACAUGUCAUGAUUCCCUUUUAUUCCAGAAGUUUGGUCCUUAAGGGGUUAAAUAGACACAUGCUGUUCAAUAAUCUGAAUAAAGAGUCUGAAAUAUUUAGUCUUUCUAUUUGUGUAUUUCAGAUUUGAAUCUACAAUUUAUGUUUCUCUAAAUAAAGGAACACUGUAGGGACUGUAACUGUGUUAUCUCAUUUCAAGUGGUUAUAGUGUCUGGAGGUGCCUGGCACUGUCCUUCAAUGCUAUCAUCCUAAACAAGACUUCACGGCAGCCCAUACCCUCUAUGUUGUUUGAGCUAAUCAGGAAGCAUUAGUUUGAGCAUCAAUGGGCAGCUGAGAGUGUCAGCUGAACGCUUUCAGCCAGUCACAGUGCCCAUUGCUGGUAUGAAUUGGUAUGGGUAGAAUGAAGUGUGUAAUCUCUACCUCCAGUAGGGCCAGGGACCCUUAUUUAGUGUUAAACUGCUUGAAAAUGGUUUCACACUGAAUGGAGGGCCAAGGCCAGUGUUUGGUCGAAUUAUUUUGUGAAAAUGGCGCAUACAUACGCUUUGAUUUAAAACCAUGGAAUGCUGAUGUUCAAAGUAAAAUGCAAUCAUUUUCACAUGUCCUGUCGUGAAUCUUUCCAUGUACUACCAAGAUUACUUUUUAAGGCUCUAAAAAAAAUAAAAAAAAUAAAAUAUAUAUACAAAUAAAGCAAAACAUGUAACCGAAAAAAAAGUAUUUUAUUUUUUUAAUGGUAAAGUUACUUUGCCAACCCUAUACUUUAUUGGGGAGGUAGAGUUUUACUGAUACCUCGUGAUGCAUCAAACAAUCGUAUGAUAAAUAUACUAAUGUAUUCUUCUGUUUCAUAGGCUGAUAGGGGGCUCUGACAACAAGCUCAUAUAUCGUCAUUAUGCAACAUUAUAUUUUGUGUUUUGUGUGGAUUCGUCAGAGAGUGAGCUUGGCAUUUUAGAUCUGAUACAAGUAAGUCUCACAUUUAUUUUCAUGGUAUUCUGUUUUAAUAUUUUAUGGGUCAAGGUAUUCUACAAGUAUAUAUCCUUUGUUUUAUCACAAUAAUUUUUAAUAUAUUUUAAUAUAUUUUUGAUAAACUUUUUAAAUGAUUUCAUAUUUUUGGAUUAACUGUUUAAAUAAUUAAUAUUUAAAUAUUUUAACUUUUUAUAUAUAUAUAAUAUAUAUUUUUUUUUUUUCCUUUUAUAUGCGAUAUGUAUUGUAUUAUUAUAGAACCUUUUUUUUUUUUUUAAUGCUUUUAAGGACGGCGGGCGUUCUAUGCCAUCCUUAAGGGGAUGGUCCUAAACCCGCAAAGCGGCACAUACCUUCCCCGUCAUCCAGGGGACUUACCUUGCCAGUUUGAAAGUUUAUAAGCAAACCAUGCCCAAAAAGGGCCUUUAUAUAAAUGUCAAUAUUACAUAAAUAUUGAACAAAUAGAUAAAAAAUUAUUUGUUGGAUUAGUUUUCUUGUGUCUUUACCUUUAAUGACUGUGAUGAGGAUAUUAAAAUAUGUUGUUUUGAUUGACAAAAGUUUAAAGCUUCAGUAUACAGUGUGCAUAUUCUGUUUUUGACUCAAAUUUAAUUAGAUGGGAUAUAAGUUUCAAAGUGCUUGUUUUAAGGGAGAUAUUUUCUACUCCUUUAAAAGUAGCACAUUUGUGUAAAUGCCAUUCACAAACCUGUAACAGAUCCUCACUAUCCUGUUACUUCAGUCAGAGCUGUUGAAAUAUUCAUAGAAUACAGAAGGCUACCGUGAAAUAUUCAUGUAGUGCUGACCUAGAUACUUUUAUUUUAUUGUUAAAGAGUAUCACUUCCUCAAUAUUAGUGUUACCUAGAAUCUAACUAAACUUUAUCAGUAGGUUAUGCAAUUUUACUUCUUAGAUUCUCUAUGGCUUCUUUGAUUUAACCCAUAGGGUGUACUCACAGUGCAUGCAUUCGGACAGCAAAACGGAGUUAUAUCCCAGGUGUGCCUGAUUUGUCCAGGACCUUUUAACUUGCCUCCACUGCUCUGUUCAUCCUAGUGAGUGCUGGAGUAGCAUUUUUGGGAGGGAAGGAUCAAGGAACUGUCAAAGUGACAGUUCCUCUUUACUAAAGAGUACAUUAUCUCUAGAAUCAUUAAAACUAAUGUAUGCAGAAGAUUAAAUUAUUGUUCGUUUACCUUUAUUUUACUAUUACUCCAUAGCUUAGGGCAAUAGCUAAACAAAAUAGAAGCAUAAUAAAUAAGAGAUAGGAGUGGUGAUGUUGGACAGAACCCCAAAAAAGGUUACAGGAGGUAAAAAGGGGGCUUAACCCCACAACAAGUCAAAUUGCUACAAACUGAAAGAAUGGGAUAGAAAAACCACUCACUCAAAGGUGAAUGGGAUUUGGUCUCAUUCCAAAAUUACCUUCUAGAAUAAACAUAACAGAUAAAAUGGUAAUAACCUUUUAUUGUUGAAGACAAAUAGGAACUAAAAAUAAGCAAAAAUUAAAGAUAUAGGUAUGAAACCUACCCUAAGUAGACACCAAAAAAAAUAUAUGUGAAGGUCACGUGAGGGUAAAGGGUUAAAAGCCUGGGAACAUGCUCCUGUAUACAUUAUAUAUAUAUAUAUAUAUAUAUAUAUAUAUAUAUAUAUAUAUAUAUAUAUAUAUAUAUAUAUAUAUAUAUAUAUAUAUGUGUGUGUGUGUAUAUGUGUGUAGAGUCCACUAGGGUAAAUAGUAGUAAAGCCUCAGAGAGGUCAAGGUAAGGCCAUAGGGACAUCCAAUAUAUGGACAAAUUAGAGAGAGAAAGGGAGCAAGAAAGCAGACUGGUCCACACAAGACUUCAUUAGGAGACCAGAUAGCGCUAAUAACGGUAAAAUACGUGAAUAGUGUAACUAGGAUCCUAGGUGCUUGGCAGUAGUUACAAUGCCGAUGUAUUAGUGGAGCUAAACUGUGGUCACUAUUGGGGUUGCCUCAAAAAAGUAUACCCAGGUAGAAAACGGAGCCACAAGGGAGCACAGAUGAGUGCUAAUUAAUAUAUGUAGCCGUCCCUGCUGUAAAGGCUCUCUGGAAGAUAAUGUGUCUCGCUUGACAAUAUACAAUAUAGGGGAUAUCCAGAAGUGAUAUAGCCCCUGACAUGAGACACAGAUCACACAGAAACCACAGCGGUAAGUAGAUAAAUGUAACAGAGGUACAUUAGGAAAAAAAGCCCCCCUCCGAAAUUCGUGAUUGGAGAGGAGAGGAGACAGUACCCUAGGACACCCUGGACUCCCCAAAAUAGAAGCAUAUCUAUCUAUAUUCAGGCAAAAAUAGAAGGGUGGUGAUAGACCAUCCUUAUGUUAUCAUAGAAUAGCUAUGUUUCCAUUGAAACGCUACAUUAUCUUAUUUGGUAAUCACCACUUUAAUGGCUGGAGGUGUUGGCUUGCUUUUAUCACUUUGUGGAUUGGCUGAGCCACUACCUGGUAAAGACUGGUAAUUUGAUGGAAAUGCAGGAACUUCAUAGAAAAGUAUCAUUUUUUAUUUAUUUAUUUAUGUAUUUUAAAAGCAGCACUCUUAGCACCAAAACUACUACAGCAUGUACAUCAUUGGCUUAGGUUUGCAAACUGACACACUCUGCAUAUUAAUGCAGUUCGAUGAAGAACAGAUUUAUUAACAUAUAUUGUGGCAGUAGGAUUGUUUACCAUAGCAAUAUCUUUAACCCCUUAAGGACACAGCUUCAAAAGCUUGUCUUGCACAAGAAAUUUUCACAUGUUUUGCUGUUUGCGUUCAACUGCAAUUUGCAUUUUACUAUUUUAUUGCAUCGACACAUAUUAUAUACUGUUUUUUUUUUUAAAUUCUUUUUGUAGUGCACGUAAAUAUUACAGGCAUGCUUGAGGUACCCUGAAGGUAAUCCUCAGGCUUUUCCACACGAGCAUGCGGGGUGUAUUCUUAACUGGCACAAUUUUUUAUAUUAUCAGGCUUAAGAAACAUAGCAUUAAAGUAUCGAGUUACAUGUAGGUAUACAUGGUAUGCAAACAUGUUUGGUUCAUGCGGUAACUGUGGUAAUUAGUAACAUGCUAGAACUAGAUAGGUUUUUUCCAUGUAAGAGGUACAAUUUUAGUGCAUAUGCUAGCAACCUGGGCUCAUGCUGUAGAGACAGGCAUAGUACAGGUAAUGAUAGAGACCUCGUUUAGUGUGCAUUAGCCCGGAGAUAUGUUUGCUAGACAAGAUUAAGAUUAUGGAAGCGUAUACUAUAUAUAUAUAUAUAUAUAUAUAUAUAUACUAUAUUUGGGUAUAUGCUUGAGUCAUACUAGGUAAGCCUUUUGUACAUUAAGGUUCCGUUGGCAUUAAUUUUACUAGGCUGGCGUUAGUAACUCAGUUGCUAUAACAUGGGUAGAACAUGGAGCCUAUACAGCGAUCAUUCAUUUUUUUAUAGUCGGUGUUCGCAGUUAUACUAAGCUUAAUAGCAAUCGACUAUCACAUUAUCCUAAUCACUAUAACAUUUAAAGACAGGAAAUUGGCAACACAGUGGUAACGUGCAGUGGUAAGUUACAAGCUGGGUAGGUCACAGGCUGCUAAUGUUGGGCCUGCUGUUACGAGGUCGUGAGUCCCCGGGCACGUACUUUUUCAACCGAUGCCUUCUUUAUGGAAGCGGUAUGUGCUCGUCGCUGGGUCUCUGCUUCCUGCUAUAUACGGUUUUUUAACGGAAAAAAGGGCUUUAAAUUGAUGUAACAUAUACAUAUAUAAAUGCUUAUUUAUUAUAAAAAAAAUACAAAUAAAUGCCCAAAAAUGUAAAAAUAUUGGGUUUCUUCUUCAGUUUUUGCAAUAAUAAUGUGUGCAUAAUUUGUGCAGGUUAAGGAAAGUAAUUAAAAAAAAAUUCAUUUAGUUGUUGUGAUUUACAGAAUAUAUAAUGUGUCUGGGAUUUUCAGUUUUUUUUUUGGUAGUUACAGCUCACAAAACACAAGGAGUAAAAUAAACUUUUAAUGUGGAGCGAUUUUAGAAUUUGGUAUGUUUGUCUUGUAAGCUUAAUAGCAAUAAAAGAAAACAAAAUUGCCACACAAAAGUAUAUAUUUAUAUAAAGAAAACAUCAGACUAUUUAACUAACAUUAUUUUUACACUUUUUACGUAGCCUUUUCACCGCCAAUCCCUGCUAAAUAUUGGACUAAAAUCUUUUUUUUUUUUUUUUUUGACACACAAAAUUAUAAAGAACUUGUCAUGUAUAUUUCGUAAAGUUAGUGUGUGCUAUUCCUGUACAAAACCUAAUUUUGUGUUCAGCUACAUCUGCUGAGUACAACGAUAACCCCAUUGUAUGUCUUUGGCACUAUUUCGUGAAGCUAUAGCGCCAUAUAAGAGACCUGUCCUUUUCAGUACUCACAGUAGAAUUUCGAGAGACGGAUUUAAUGAGCCUAUGUUUCAAUUUGGGCCACUAUAGCAGUUUGACUGUUGGAAAAAAAAACCACAAAGGCCUACCAUUUGUAAAAGUAGACACUCCGGGGUAUCUCAUAUGGUGCAUAUUGUGCCUUAGCAUGCCCCCAUUUUUUUCACCAAUGUUUGUCAAAGUUUGUGGUAAAAAAUAAUUUUGGACAUUUUUUACAACUGCAUUACUUUUUGCUGGGCCUUUUGUAUAUUUGAUAUGUGUCACUAUGAUCAAAGCCCAAAAAUUAUGCUCAGCUAAGUCUUCUGAGUAAAAUGAUACCCCCAUUGUAUGUCUUUGGCUCUAUUUCGUGAAGCUAGAAUGCCAUAUAGGAGACCUGUCCAUUUCGGUAUUUACAGUAGAAUUUUGAGACGGAUUUGAUGGGCCUAUGUUUCAAUUUGGGCCAUUAUAGCAGUUUGCCGUUUCGAAAAACCUCCACAAAGACCUACCGUUUGUAAAAGUAGACACUCUAGGGUAUUUCAAAUUGCAUAUUUUAAACCCUUGCAUAGGGUAAUUUUUUUGCUAGUUUGUACCAAGUCUAGUAGCAAUUAGCAUUUUUUUUUCUGCCUUUUUGACACACACUUCGAGAUGUUACUGUAUAUUUUGCAUUCCUUAUGUGUGCUACGGCAGUAUAACACCUAUUAUGUUUCUCAGCUAUGUCGUCUUAAUACAACAAUACCCCCAGGUGUAUCUUUUUCAGGGAUAUGUGGAUGUUGAAGGGGCACAUUGGAGACUAAGCCAUAUCAGUUUGUUUUUUUUCAAACUUUGAAUUUUGACACUGGGUACAUGUGCAAUUUUAGAGCAUCUUAGCAGGCUGAUAAUUCAAACUACCCCACAAAGGCCUACCAUUUUUUAAAGAAGGUAUUAAUCACCGUAUUAACCUGCAUCAAACUCUGGGGCACUGCCUGUCAACUCUGUCUGCUGAAAGAAUUCAUAACUUCCUAAGCAUUUUUUACUUUUAACACAAGAACUUUAACUAAAUAAUGUUAUAAAAUUUAUUUUCUAUUUUUUGAAAAACACACACACACACACACACACACACACACACACACACACACACUCACUCACUCACUCACUCACUCACUCACUCACUCACUCACUCACACUCUCUCUCUCUCUCUCUCUUAUUAUCCCUGGGUGUGAAAAACUUUAAAACAGUUGUCAAUACAAAGGCGGGGCUGAGAGGCGCAAUCAGGGCAAUAAAAGCUGGUUUCCGUCCUUAUGCCCCUCUGGUAGCACAACCUGCACCUUUUAUGGGGUGUCUUCUUUUUGGGGGUUGGUGGUAUCCGGAAACAGAAAUGACCUGUCUCAACCCUUCUGCUUCUAGGCCCAGCUGAUGGUUCCCCACUGUGGCACUCAGUGAGCAGCCCAGAAAUAAGCUAAACUGGAAAUCCAGAAAUGUGGAUUUAAUGUCAGCAUUUGCCUUUUUGUACAGAAUAAAGGGAUUGUGAGUUGCCGUUUGCAUAAGGUAAAUUCCAAGCUUUUUGUACCAUGCCCUGGUCUUCCUCAGUAUUAAAUAGGGUUGCAGCAGUUGGUCGGACAGGUCAACUCCCCCCAUGUGCUUGUUAUACUGCCUAAUGCAGACUGGCACCCAUCUAAUUUCUUGUCUGCCACGAACUGCGACUCUUCGAGUGUGCUCAGUAUGCAUAGAUGUUAGCAUGAACACCUCUUCUUAUCUUUGAAUUUGAGAGCCAGCAGUUCGUCCUGGCAGAGAGCAGCCGUUUCCCCCCUCUUGAGCUUUUUUUGUGCCAGGGCUUUUGGGAAACUGACAUGUGUCUUUCGGAUAGUGCCGCAGGCCACAGUUUCAAAGCAAUAAAGCAUCCUAAGAAGAGGGAUGCUAUUAUAGUAAUUGUCUAUAAAUAAAUGAUACCCCUUAUUUAGCAAUGGGUUAAUUAAAUCCCAUACGAUUUUUCCACUCGUCCCAAUGAUAUCCGGGCAACCUGGGGGAUCCAAGUGGCUGUCUUUACCUUCGUAAACACGGAAGGUGUAAACAUAACCACUGGCACUUUCACAAAGUUUAUACAACUUUAUCCCAUACCGGGAUCUUUUGGCCGGGAUAUAUUGUUUAAACCCCAGUCUGCCCUUGUAUUUCAUUAGAGACUCAUCUACACAAAUAUUUUUUUGUGGGGUGUACAUUGAGCCAAACUGUCUGUUGAAGUGGGAAAUAAGGGGGCGAAUCUUAUAGAGAUUAUCGUAUUGAGGAUUAUCUCUUGGGGGGCACUUCGAAUUGUCGCUGAAGUGUAAAAAGCGAAGCAUUGCUUCAUAUCUGGACCUGUUCAUGGUCUGGGAGUAAAUAGGGGUGCUGCAUACAGGAUUUUUGGACCAGUACAUCCUGAUGCUGGGUUUUUUAAUAAUGCCCAUUAGCAUUGUUAGUGCCCAAAAUUCUGGCACACUGGUGGGGUACCAACUCCCUUGCCUGGCGAUGAGACUCUGAUCAUUAAGUGUCAGGUACUGCACAGCAUAAAGGUUGGUCUGGGUGACUAUAUCCCCUAAAAUAUCAUCCCCCAAGAAUAGCUGCAUGAAAUCCAGUGCACUGUAGUUAGUGACGUCCAACUGAAUUCCAGAACUGCCAGUAAACACUGGGAUGUCAGGCGUGAAAUCAUUUAGGGGUUCCCAGUCACCAGCGUCAUGAGCCAGGUCAGGGGACUCGGCUUACAACAGAGGGCCCUGCAGUAUCUGGCACAGUCUCAUCACCACUCUCAGAGGCAGUGUCUGUGGCGUCAGAGUCGGCUGCUAGUAUAUCAUAAGCCUCCUCAGCAGUGUACCUUCUAGACAUUAUGAAGGUGUAACUUUAACAAACUUUUUUUUUAAACUGUUUUUUUUUUUUCCUUUUUUUAACUUUUAAAAACUUUUCAGAACUUUCUAAACUUUUUGUCUCUAACUAGCCUAACACUCAAUUUCCCAAAUCCCCACUAAAGUCCACCCACUCCAGCUAACUAAGGAAUUAACAUUAAAUUAAUUAAAUAAAAUUAACCCCUAAGGGUUAAAAAAAAUAAUUCAAAAUUAACCCUUGAGGGUACAAAAAAAAAUUAGAUCACAGUUAAAUACUGUGAUCAGUAUACUGAUCACUGCAGGCAGUGAUCAAAAGGGCAAGGAAAGGGUUAACACUGUUUUAAAAGUAUUAAAAUUACUUUUAAAACACAGAUACACUCUAUACUAAAUUGACACACAAUGUUUCAGCACCAAUCCCUGUCUCUCCACUUCUCAAACCACACAGAAGUGGAGGGAGGAGGAUCAGGAAUCACAGUAGCACUGUGCAUGGGGACUGUCAUAAAAGGCCAGUUGUGGCUACCAUUAAAGUGAGAUUCGUUUUACCCUUCAUGAAGUCUAGGCUCAUGUUUGGGGGAUUGGAGAGCUAUAUUUACACUCUGGGGAUUGCUAUAAACACUAUACUCCCUUGGAUUACAACACUUGUUCUUAUAAGAGCAGCCUGCUACGCUCUCUGAAUUAGGAGAGGUCUACCCACUGGAAGCUGAAUCCUGGUCUUGGGUCCAGGGUGGGUGGAGGAGAGCGAGACCCCAACCAAGCUGCAGCGAUUUGUGGGGUUUACGGUAGUUAGGGUGUUCCAGUGCAGUGCUUAUGGUGCUAGGAAGCAGCAAUUAACGCAGGUACCCGGUUGGGAGGCCAAGCAGUCUGUCACAAGGGGCCAGACCACUGUUGCUUAGGGAACCCAGAUAAGCAUCCAACCAUUUGAAAACGUUUUGACUCUUAAAGUGGGACAGCACAAAGAAACUCCUGGCACAAUGACCACAACAGCAUGUUGUAGUGGUUAUUGUGCUUAGAAUAUCUACUUUUUUAUUAUCUUUAUAAUGAGUUAAAGGACCACUCUAGGCACCCAGACCACUUCAGCUUAAUGAAGUGGUCUGGGUGCCAGGUCCAGCUAGGGUUAACCCAUUUUUUCAUAAACAUAGCAGUUUCAGAGAAACUGCUAUGUUUGUGAAUGGGUUAAACCUUCCCCUAUUUCCUCUAGUGGCUGUCUCAUUGACAGCCACUAGAGGCGCUUGCGUGCUUCUCACUGUGAUUUUCACAGUGAGAGCACGCCAGCGUCCAUAGGAAAGCAUUGAGAAUGCUUUCCUAUGUGACCGGCUGAAUGCGCGUGCAGCUCUUGCCGCGCGUGCGCAUUCAGCCGCAUGGGAGGGGAGGAGGAUCGGAGGAGGAGAGCUCCCCGCCCAGCGCUGGAAAAAGGUAAGUUUUAACCCCUUUCCCCCUUCCAGAGCCGGCAGGGAGUGGGACCCUGAGGGUGGGGGCACCCUCAUGGCACUAUAGUGCCAGGAGAACGAGUAUGUUUUCCUGGCACUAUAGUGGUCCUUUAAAUUGUGGGUCAUCUCCACCCUUUUAGAACUACUUGCAGUUUCCGAAAUAAUUUUUAUAACAUGAAUUUUUAAUUUAUGUAUAUCCAUAACAAUCUUUGUAGGGUUUUUCUCUUGCCUGCCUUAUUAUGUGCAUCAAGUGUCUUUAAUUUGAAUAUUAGAAGUAUAUAAUUUUUACAUUAGAUUUAUUGCAUUUUAUUGAUAUUUCUUGACCCAGUUUUUAUACGCUGAGGUUAGAAUUUGUAAAUGUUGUUUUGCUAACGACAGUUCCAUGCUGUGAACAGUAGAUGGCACCAUACCGCCUCUGCAGAAAAUAAUCCCUUUCAUUUUUCAUUAGCAAAACACAUCAAACCCACGUUUUUCUUUUUUCUGUGAUGGAAAAGCAGGAUCUCUGUUGUCCGUGAUUACUUAUUGGAUCUACUGCGUUGAUGACAUGUACCUUAAGGAAUAUCGAACACUUCUCAAAAAGGUUCUUUUUAUCUACUAUAAUAUAGUAUACCAGGGCUUUACAAAUUUGUUUAGAAUCUAGGAGCCUAUUUUUUUUUACAUUUAUUUUUUUUUAAGUUUAAUUUUCAACGAGAAAAAUGCAAUUCUUAAGGGACACUAAAGAUACCAGAACCAUAACAGCUUAAUGUAGUGGGUCUGGUGUGUAAAGCCUGUACUUGCAGACCUUUCAAUGUAAACACUGCUUUUUCAGAGAAAGUAAUAGUAACUCAGAUGGUCACUACAGAGUCCUAGGUCAGUGCUGCAUAGAGUGCAGCACCUACGUUCAGCAUCUCCAUGCUCUGUAUGGAGGUGCUAAAUGUUCCCCAUAGAGUUGCAUUAAUUCAAUGCAUCUCUAUGAGGAGAUGCUGAUUUACACAUUGUUUUGCUGCGCAUGCGCAAUAUCCACCCUUAGCUGAGAUCAUAAAGACUGAUCCUUUCAGCCAUGGAGGCAGGACCAACCAUGGCGAAACUGGCACUGAGUGGGGAAAAAAGGUAAGUAAAACCACCUUUCUUGUGUGAUUGGAAGGGGGCAGGUACCUGAACAGACCCAUACACCCUGACAGAGAACUCUCUGACACAGACACACACGCGCGUGCACACACUCUCUGACACGCACACAGACACACACAAACACAUUUUCUCCCUCACAAACUGGGAUUUUUAUUUUAUUUAAAAUCUACCCAGCCUCCCUACCGUUGGGAGAUUUGAGUAGAUCUUUCCCUGGGGUCCAGUGGGCUGCUCUCUCUACCUGCGUGCGAGGGAGCUGUAAUCUACCUGCAGCUAUGGGAAAGCAUUGCGAUUGGCUGAGAUCAUCACUUUCGAUUAUGUCAGCCAAGGAGGUAGAUCAGGGGCUGAGCAGCACCAGCAGACUGGAAUAAUGGUACAAUUUUACUAUAUUUAGGUGGGUCAGGGGGGCUAGAUGGUGUUUUUACACUCCAGGGAGAUAAAUACAUGUUUGUGGUCUUUUAAGGAGAAAUAUUUUUACACAGCCUUUUGAAAUUCUGAGCAUUCAGUUAAUAUACUUUAGAAGCAUUAGGCAAUUGCUUUGUUAGUAUAUUAAGAUAUGAAUAAUGUUGUUCUUGCUUAUGCAAUAUGAGAAUGCUGUUCUAUUCUCUUUGUGUUUUCUACGAGAUUGAUUAAUGAUACUGUCCCAAGUGAGAAGAUUCUUACAAGAACAGGGUGUUGCCCAUUCUGAAAAUAAAUCUUUGAAAGAGAGAGAAAAAUAAAACUGAAUGUUAUCUGUUUUUGCUUAAAACUGCCCGAAAUGUUAUAAGCAUGCAUUCUUACAACUACCAAACACUACUAGAACCAUGCCCCUUGAUUAUAUGGAAACCCAUUAUGUACUUCAAAUCAUGGGAUUUUUCAUGUGUUUUUAAAGGGUUAUAUAGGAGUUAUUUAAACUAUUUGUAAUUCUGUCUGACUGCUAUUAGCAUGUUUUAAAUAAUUUCUGUGCACAUACUUGUAAACAUUGUGAAUUGGGACUAGGUAGGGCUCAUAUUGUACUAGCUAUUCCCAUUGUGAUGUCUCGGAGUUCAACAAGAGUUUGUAUCUCGAAAACUAUUGCUGCACUCUUCCUAUUCGAAUGGUGCAUCCACAGUAAAUGCCUUUGGGGAGGGUAUUUACAUUUGCUCAAUAAUUAUUUUAAAAAAACAAUUUUGACAGGUUUUUUUUUUUUUUUUUUUAAAUGAAUAUUUAGCCAUGUAAUACCUAAAUAUAUGUACAAUAUUGAGCUGCGGGUUUUGGUGCCACACAGUGUAAUGUAAAAAUAGUUUAGCAUUAUUACCAUACCACCUAGAAGUAUUACCUCUAGGAGCGAUUUGACAAAAAUCAGAGCUCCGCAUCAGCUGUUUAAAUAUUGUCUAGGCUUAAUGGAAUUAAUAUUGAAAAUAUAGAUGUAUUAAUUCCAUGGUAUCUCUGCAGGAGGAGGGCAUUGUCUGAGUGUAAUUAGGUAUGAUUUUUUUUUUUUUUUUGGGGGGGUUUUGUCAGACUGCUUAUAAAUGGUUUGACAACCUUGGGACAGCUCCCAGAGACUGAGACUUUUGGCAACAUACUAAGCUGCAGUGGUAUUGGAACUUGGAGUACCCCUUUACAUAUUUAUAUUAAAAUUUUUCGAAUUUUAGCUGUAAAGAGUUUGCCUUAAAAUCAACAGUAUCUGACAAUUUAAUAUUUUAGCUGGUAACACUAUUGUGCAUAUAAUGUAUUGACAAAUACAUAUAAAAAAUUAAAGUGUAGAUAUGUAAAAUGCAUUGCUUGGUGAAUCUGUGGGCACAUCCCUACCAUAAGUAUCUUAUUCUGUACUGUGGUGACAGGUCUUAUCCACAUAAACCUCUGUCCAAAGGGGACUUAUGGGACACGUCUUUUAUCAAUCCAAGCAUACCAGACAUCAUCCGUACUUGAUGAUCAGUGUCCCGGGCAAGAUAAUAGACACAGUAUGGCCUGCUAUCCGUUUAGUCACAGCUCUAUUUACUGUUUUUGUAACCAGGGCUAUGUUUUUGCUAUCGAUACUUGCAGUUCGGAGCUCCGCUUUCUCCAAGGGAAGAGAGCCUUCAAAUUGUACAUGCAUACACAGUUUAUGGUGCAUGACUUAUUUACUUGAUAAGUGUGAUUUAAGUCUAAUUUUAACAAACCUGCUCUUUUUAUAUUCAGCUAGUAGAUUCUUUCCCCCUGCCAAUUACAAAUAAAUAGUUUGUAAAUAAACUCAGUAUUCCUUUGGUCACUUUUCUGGCACUCCUAAAGGUUAUUGUACAGUAUGUUGUUUGUUGAUGUGGUUGUUUUUUUUUUCUUUUCUUCGCUACAGGACGCUGUUCCUUUUUGUGUUACAUAUUUAUUUCUCAUAUAACCUGUUUGCUAUAUUCACAGGUCUUUGUGGAAACCUUGGACAAGUGCUUUGAAAAUGUCUGUGAACUGGAUUUAAUUUUCCACGUAGACAAGGUACAGUAAUUACAUAAGUUGGGGAAAAAAGCAUUCGUGUUAAGCCUUUUUCACAUCUGCUUCCACUGUUGAUGCAAAAGACGCCAACAAAACUAGUCUCAAGUUCUUUCCAAUUUUGCGACAAACUAAGAAAAUAUCCUUUUCAUCCACAGAAUGGUAGUCAGAUCUUUCCUUGGAUCAAGAAGCUUUAACACACAUUAAAUAUAUCUCUGAAUAUUGUGCUUUUGCAAGUAUUUAGUUGCUAUUUAAAAACCUGUACAGGCACUGAUAAAACUACAUCUUCUUGUUCUUACUGUAAUUAACGCUUUCCUUUGUCUUAGACUAAAUCUCCUUUUUUCCAGUCUAAAUGCAUGACCUUGUGUCCUGUGUAUAGUCCUGUUGAUAGAUGUUUCCAGACGAUGGUUUAUUUGCCCCAAAAAUAUUUGUAUAAUGUUAUCAUAUCAACUGUGGUUUUUCUAAACUAAACACAUUUAGAUUUAUUAGCCCCCUCUCCCCCCCCAAAAAAAGAAAUCUUUGUUUCUUUUAAUUUUGUAGCUCCCCUCUGCACUUUUUCUAGUGACUUAACAUCCUUCCUCAGAACAGGUGCUCAAAAUUGUGUGACAUAUUUAAGGUAUUGUCUUACCAUUGAUUUAUAUAGGGGCAAAUUUUUAUUUUUAUUUAUUUUUUUUAUAUUGAAAAUGAAUGCCCUUUUUUAUACAUGACACUAUCUUAAUCUCUUAAAAUCCCUCUGCAGCAACAUAAUGUCCUGCUCACCAUGUAUUCCCUCUCCUAGUUUUCUAUCAACUGCAAACACUGACACAUGGCUUUCAUUAAAAUACUAAAUCCUCUGCUUCCUCUCAAUUGACUGCUGAAUGGAAAGGAUUUUCAUUAAGGGACAAGCUAAUAAAUCUCAAAAAGGUGUCUGUGUACACUUUUGUCCAGUUGGAAAAUCUACCAUUAAUGACAACUCUCUGUACUAUUAACUUUAAGCCAGUGUUCUGCCAAAGAACAUGAUUUUUUGAGUCUAUUGUGUGGAACCAUAUCGAACGUAUCUGUUUUAAUGUGCUGUCAGGAUUUCUGCUUUGUAGAGAUGGCCAAUGUGGAUCUGUUUGUUGAAUAUAUUUUACCUUAAAAUGUUCUUCCUACGUGUCACUAACUUCUUGUCACCAAACUGCUUCAGCUUCUUGCAGCUUCCGUCAAAGCCACCUGCCAGGAGCCAUCAUCACUACUGUACAUCAACACAUCCUUUUUACCAAAACCUGUUACAUGAGUCAAAAUAGUACUUACAUUGUCUCAUGUAUAUUUUUUUUUAAAACUGUUUUAACAGUGUGACAAAAGUUAUUCUACAGAUAUGGCACAAGAGGCAGAGCCUCUCCCCUCCAGCUGGGACCAAAAACAUAUUGUGAUACAGAUUGUCAUGCUAAGAUAUCUGCCUAGCCGAUCUAGAUAGCUCUUUGUUGUCAGGAUGAACAUGCACAAAGGGGGAAAAUAACUAAAAUUAAUAAUAUAGUUGUGUAUUGUGUGCUAAGUAUUUAAAAACCCUGGUGCCUGUGAAAUAAAGUUACAUAGUUACAUAGCUGAAAAGAGACUUGCGUCCAUCAAGUUCAGCCUACCUCACAUUUGUUUUUUGCUGUUCAUCCAAAAGAAGGCAAAAAAAAAAACUGUUUGAAGCAAAAUUUUGCAACAAGCUAGGAAAAAAAUUCCUUCUGGACCCCAGAAUGUCAGUCAGAUUUAUCCUUGGAUCAAGCAGUUAUUACCCUACAUUGAAAGAUUAUAUCCUUGAAUAUUCUGUUCUUGCAAGUAUGCAUCUAGUAGCUGUUUGGACAUCUGUAUGGACUCUGAUAAAACCACUUCUUCAGGCAGAGAAUUCCACAUCCUGAUUGUUCUUUCUGUAAAAAAACCUUUCUUCCAGUCUAAACGCACGGCAUCGUGUCCUAUGUAAAGUCUGGUUUGUGAAUAGAUUUCCACACAAUGGUUUGUAUUGGCCCCGAAUAUAUUUGUAUAAUGUUAUCAUAUCCCCUCUCAGGCGACGUUUUUCUAAACUAAAUAGGUUUAAAUCCUUUUAUUAAUUUUGUAGCCCGCCUCUGCACUUUUUCUAGUGCCAUAAUAUCCUUCUUUAGAACAGGUGCCCAAAAUUGCACAGCAUAUUCAAUAUGGGGUCUUACCAGUGAUUUAUAAAGAGGCAAAAUUAUAUUCUUGUCCGAGAAUGAAUGCCCUUUUUCAUGCAUGACAAUACCUUACUGGCCUUGGCCACUGCUGAUUGACAUUGCUUCCUUAAGUACACGUGGAUGGAUACCGUCAGGCCCUGGAGCUUUGUUUAUAUUAACUUUCUUUAGUUGCUGCAGCACCUUGUCUUGAGUGUUGAAGUUGGUGCUGUUGUUUAAACCAAGAAGAAACUUGUUUGUCUCUUCCUUGAGGUCUCACAGGUAUAUUGCUAUUUAUUGUCCUCUACAGAGUAGUUACUCCUAAAGUAUUAAAAAAAAAGUGUGCUGUGUCUUUAAGACUUUUAAAUACCCUAUACCCAAAGUGCCAGCGUGCACUGUACUAAAACACCGUAAUAUGUGUUAUUAUUACUAUACUAUUUUACUCACUGAGGAGUAUCCUACUCUGCUUGUCUCAAUGUUCCAAUAUGAUAUCUUAGAAAAGAGAAAAAGGACAAGCACAUAGGGUAAUAUGUUAUGUAAAAAGGAAUAUGAUAUACUUUUUUACAUAACAUAUUGCGCUAUGUGCUUGUACUUUUUCUCUUUUCUGAGAUAUCCUAUUGGAACCUUGAGACAAGCAGAGUAGGAUACUCCUCGGUGAGUAAAAUAGAGUAAGGCGUUUACAUCACUAUUGUGGUUUUAUUAUAUUCAUAAUUUUUUCACAAUACACAUAUUAGUGUGUUUUAGUACAGUGCACAUUGGCACUUUGGGUAUAAGCAUAUUACACCAAUUGUUUUAUGUAAAGUUACACUUUUACUAUAACGUAUUUAUUUAAAGUCUUAAAGUCACAGCGCACUUUUUUGGUUAAUGUUGAUACAUGUGAUUGGAGCUUUUUUCACAUUCUAUAGUGCUGCUUUUUUCAAAUAUUUGUAUUUAUUUGUAAUAUCAGAUUUUUAGUGCCAUACUGGAAUUUGUUUUUGUUUUUUCACUCAUAGAGUAUUACCAGAGGACUAGAUAGAUAGAAUAUCGUGUGGCAAUAUCAGCUGUGAAAGUUAACAAAUAAUAUUAGGCUUGAACUGUUGUGCCUUCAGUAACAGAGAUGCCAGGGUUGUAUCGUUACAAACUGUUAAAGUCAUGUGAUUAAAAACGUUUGGUUUGUCUCGAUUUAGUUCCAAUUAAAAUGCAAUUAUCAAUUUUACAUUUAGAAAUUGACUUGAGUGAACUUGUAUUCAGAACUGAAAAUAAAAAUAGCUUUUCCUUAGAAUCUCAUUUCAAAGGUAAUGCCAAUCAUUCAUAUUUUCUGCAGGGCCAUUUUUUUUUUGUUUUACUUAACUGCCAAACAGCUAGUUGCAAUGCUUCUCAGUUUUUGUAUUUUGGCCCAUAUUUUGCUCUUUGGUUAUUUGUUUUCAAAUGGUCCAUUUUAAAGAGACACUACAGGCACCCAAACCUGCUACAUGUAGAUUCAGUUACACUUCAUUAUUCAUUUGUUUUGAUAUUAAUAAUACAGCUGCACAUGACCUUACUUACAGCUGUAUUAUCCUGAGGGUCAUACAGCUAAGGUUUAUGAGCGUUCAGCUGUGUGCUUUCUGCAAUUUAAAACGGACAAUUGACCUACUAGUGCUGCUAAUGCUCUGCUCUGUGAGGGUUUGUGGGAUAGCUCAGCAGUACAAUAUAAAAGAGGCUACAAAGCAUGGUUAAUUACUAUUUGAAAUUCAUGUAUUUUCUGGUAAUAUAUGUCAACACAUUAUUUUUAUAAUUCUUUAAAAAAGGUAUUUUGCUUAAAAUUCCCUUUUAAAAAUUAUAGAAUGUGUAUCUGACAUGUCAUCCUUGCUACGUUUGUGCUGUAAUAUUGAAUAUUUUAAUAAAAGGGACACUCCAGCAUGUCCUUUAAGCAUUAUUUAUUUAAAAUCUUGAAAUACACCAUUAGAGCAGCUAAAUAAAAAAAUCUCCCACUUUCUUUUCCCCUACAUCCAUUUAGUAUAUGCCCCUUGUGUAUAGUUUUUAUAAACAUUUCUGUAGAGUAGAAUAGCACUAUGCGAUGUAUACCUAUCCGUCUUUCAUUCCUAUUAUCUCUAUGAGAGUAGAAAUGCAAAUCCAACUCAGGAAAUGUUUGUUUUUUUGUGCGCUACAUUUUGGGGAUUUUGACUUGCGGGGAAUUGGUGGUUGCUGAAACGUACUGUAAAGAGACUGGAUUUGUUCUGGAGCUCCUGAUUGCACGUUACAGGCAUCAUGUAAUUCAUUCUUAAGGGAUGUGUUGUCUGGUGUGUCACUUAUCACAAAAGGGUGUUGGAAAAAUGUUGCCCUCCGUAGCAUUUCCCUGAGCAUUUCUAUCACUGAGAAACAAAUGUGCGCUCGUGACAUCAUUAACACACACGUGUCUUACCAUUUUAGUUCUGUUUGUGGUCACAUUACACACACUUUUAAUCCAGUUUCUGGGUUGAGGGCUUUUUGUUGCUUUGUUUUUUUUUCCCCUUGAGAUUCAGAGGAGGCAUAUUAAAUCCAUAGGAUAGAGAAGUUAAGUAUCUUAUUUGUUGUUAAAUUUCUUUGAAAAAAAUAAAUGAAUUCUGUCUAAAAUUCAUUCAGAGUUGUAAAUCCUCCCAGAAUGUCCCUUUAAAGAGACAUGGUAACAAGAAGCUGGCUUGUGUCAAUUUCUUCCAUUCAGUAUGGAAUAAUGCAGACAACGCUUCUAAAUUUAUCAUUGCUACACACAACUAAUAACAUGCAUUACUUUCCUAGUGUGUUAAGUGUAUUAGACAUAGCAAAUAAUUCUUUAAAUGCAACAAAUGCAGAUUGUAACAAGGUUCAAACUUACAGGCAUUAAAAAUGUUUGCUUGGAAAGUAGAAAAAGUAAGAGUCCCUGCGAUGAAGUUUUAUCUAAGCGGUUUAGAAAUAUUGCUUUGGUUUUCUGAAAGGUCAGGAGUAGACUACUCUCUUAAAUGGCAUAAAUAAGAUUAGAGGGAAUUAUGUUUGCUCCAUAAGUGGUUUUACUCUUUAAAUGCCAGGCAAGAUUAUGCCUGGCACAAUCCUUUGGUACUCCGCAGUGCAACAGUGUUUUUAUAUAUGAAUAAAGAUUGAGAAAGAGAAAACCUAUUGAUUUUUGCAUGGUAUUGUGUGUGUGUGUGUGUGUGUGUAUGUGUAUGUAUGUAUGUAUAUAUAUAUAUAUAUAUAUAUAUAUAUAUAUAUAUAUAUAUAUAUAUAUAUAUAUAUAUAUAUAUAUAUAUAUAUAUAUAUAUGAGGACCAUAUUACAGCAUUUUUGAACAUAUUGGGGAGGGGGGACAGCGACUCUCAUCUGUACUUUCUAUUUUAUCUACCCUGCUGUUUCUUUCUAUGCUUCACCCCCUCUCAGGUUGUUCAGUUUAUAUGUGAUCUAAAUCAAUAGAUAGGUAGAUGGGGCUGAUUGGUAUUAAGAAAGGAAUUACCUAAGAAGAUACUGGACUUUCCAAUAGAGAGAGAAGGCUUUAGGUACUUUUUGUAAGGAGAAGAGAAAGGUUGAUAGGACAAUUCCUGACAUUCCUUAAAAUGAGGCUGCCCCUGUGAAGUCAUGUGCUUGCCUUGGCAUGUGGAUGGUGUAAAUAAAAGACGAGGAAAAAUUGGCAGAAUGAAGUGAAGGUUUGUUCUUGUGAGCUAGGGACUAAAUGUUAAUGGGGGGAUUAUUUUUGAGAGUUUUGAAUGUUUGUGUGGAUAUUUAAAAUUAAGGGAUCAAUCUGGUGUCCUCUCUAAAAACUAUUUUAGAUCAUUUGUUCUUCAUUCUAUGAGAAAAUGCCAUGGUACUUCUGGCACCAUAAACAGCUUUAAAUAUGCAUUAAAUAUUUUUAAUGAUGAGUUGUUUAGACCAUAUCAUGACUUUGUAAUACAAAAGCAAAUAAAAACAUAGACAUAAGCCCUGUACCCAAACUCCCACUGCUAUUGAGUGGCAGCAAUGGUUAUGAUCUUCAUUAGUGUGUGUAUAUGUAUGUGUGUGUGUAUGUGUGUGGAUUUACCAAACAGUUCAUAUAUUUUCAUUAAAUAUGGAUAUUUGGAUGUGUUCUUCUUUUAUUAGCAGUUUGGCAUAACACUUUUUUUUGACACUUGCUUUAAUGUGUACAGAGCCUGUUAUUCUUCCAUUCUGAGUAUAUUUGCUAAAGCAGACGUUCAUACAUCCACAUUGUCAUACCAGCUCAUUGUAAGUUUAAACAUUAUUUAUUGUCUGCGAGUAUCAGCUGACAGCCAUUUGAUACUGUUUAAACCUGUAGGAAUUCCAAAAGAUGAUGCGGAAGUAUGAACUUCCAGAAAGCCACUAGAGGCUCUUCCAGGAUUUUAUUGGACUUUGGCUCACCUGACGCUGGACAUCCUCAUCCUCUGCAUGAGAAUAUCCAGUUUCAGUUAAACCCCCAUAGGAAACCAUUACUUCAAUGCUUUUCUUACAGGAAUGGCCUAAUGUGCUUGCAGCACUUGCUGCGCAUGCACACUAGGGUCCUCGACGGAGGAGGCAGAGCGCAGACUAGGGCUGAGGGACAUCUGCGCUGGAAUCUGAUAAGUGACUAAACGACUGCUAAGGAAUGAGCCCAGAGGGCACUAUUGUGCUAGGAAUACAGUUAUGUAGAUCUGAUCCUUGCAGGUAUACCACAUUGGCAGCCAUGGCACACCUCAGGGUGCCUGCUAGAGAGGUGUGGUAUGGUGGUUGCAAUAUUAAAUUGCAUGAACCGCCACAAAUGCUGCCUAAUGUUUUGAAUUUAAUGUAUGACUUCUGACACAAGAAGGGUUAUUAAGUGAAGUGAGAAUUGUUGGGAAUUCAAAGUGAAAUUACAAUUUAAGUCCAAAAUAGCUGAACUGGAAACAUUCUCCAAGUCUUAAGUGCUUCCAGUUUGGCUACAUAGGACUUAAAUUACAUAUUCACUUUGAAUUGCUGGCAAUUCUCAGAGGAUAUCUGACUUACGAGGUAGGAUGGUGUUUGUGAGAAGAGAAUAUGGAGCCUAGGAGGAAGGAUUGUGUUUUGGAGGAGAGGCAUAUCCUAACAUGUAUACUGGAAAUGUUUAUUCUUAUGAUGGCAUGAACUAUUAUAUUUGACAUGUCAGCAUGAACAGACAGUUGUAUUUUGUGUUUCCUCAGGUCCAUAACAUUCUUGCAGAAAUGGUGAUGGGAGGUAUGGUACUAGAAACAAACAUGAAUGAAAUUGUUACUCAGAUUGAUGCUCAAACCAAACUGGAAAAAUCUGAGGUAAGAAUCUACGUAACAGAGCGAGGUGCUGCUCGGCUUUCUACAUGACCUGUUUUUUUGUUUUUAUGCUCAUAAACAGUUUGUGUAACAUUCACCUUCAAAAAGUUCACAUGCCAUUGGUAACGGUAACAUUGCCCUCUUCUGCAUAUUCUCAAAGCAAAUCUUUAUUACUGAGUUAUGUCUUGCAAGCAGCCCAUUUUCACUUCAUGAUGUCCACAAAAAGUGUCAAAGGGAUUUUCUUCAGGGCAUGUGCCUCAUUUGGAAAAAAAAAUAUUAACUCGUGGUCAAUUUCAGUUCUUUUCAACAAACUGAAUUCUUGAGCUUACACCAACUACGCCAUGACAUGCACACAAAUCUAAGUCAACAUGUUAAAGACUGAAUCUUUAAAAUAAUAUUACCAUAGAUAUAUUAAUUCUUUCCAACAGGAGCUGUUUCUUCAGGUGGUGGUGAUUUGUAUUUAUUUUACGAUCUCUAACAGUUAAAGGCUGCCACAAUGUUGGCAUGGCUUCACAGAUAUAUACCGGUAGGAAAAAUUGUGUGUGUGUGCGUAUAUGUAUAUAUGUGUAUAUAUAUAUAUAUAUAUAUAUAUAUAUAUAUAUAUAUAUAUAUAUAUAUAUAUAUUUAUUUAUAUUAAUAAUCCUAGAAUGUGACGGCAGAGAAGAACCAGUCAGCCCAUCUAGUUUGCCCAAUUAUUGGCUAGCUGUCUUUCUAAUACAUGUUUAAUGAAGGCAGUUUUACAAUUUAUUUGUUUAUCAAAUAACAAUUCCUUUAUUGUUGUUGACAAAUCCAGCAUCCACAAGGUAAUAAUUCAAGCUGCUUGCAUUCUGUAGGUAUUUCCCGGGAUGCUCGUUAUUAUUCUCUCAAGAUUAAAGGGACACCCCGAGCGCCAAAAUCACUUACUCUUUUUGAAAUUAUGUUGUGCUAUAGAUGCCUUGCUGUUCACAAUGGUGCCAUUACUGAGAAUGGGCACUGUUUAGAUUUUGCAGUCCCCACAUCCCUAGUUUCUGUCAGCCAGCCAGGUACGUCGGAUUAAAUUAUACCAGACAACGUGUGUGCAUCCAAAAAGAAGCAUUGGCUUAGUAGAUCAAGAUGAUUGCUGUGUGUGCGCAGUAUUUCUACUUAGAGAAGCAUUUGAUUGGACAAAUGUUGAUGAUCUCACAAUAGAAGGAUUUGACUUUACUGAGGAGUCUAUUGCGGCAUUGGAUUAUAGGUAAGCAUAAUUUUAUUUUUAAAGGGCUCUUCUUCUUUGUACCCAAAGACCAUCUUAACUGCAUUGAUAAAUGAACACUUCCACAUUAUCAGUGUCUAUAUUCUCCAACAUAGACUAUGGUGGUUAGCGGAGAGCAGGUUAGCCUAAUGCUUUAUUCCAAUACUGAUUAUCCAGGUUGGGCAAGAUAAGUGUUAAUUUUUCCUUAUAGAUAUGGCAGAGAUUAGGUGAUACAUAGGCCCCUAAAAUAACCCUAGUUUAUGUCAAAGCAUUUUUGAAAGGUUUCAUAUUAAACUGGGAAAGUGCUAUUCUGCACAGUGGUUAAAUUGUUUAGCAUGUUUCUUUUAAAGUUAUGUGAGACAAAUCCCUUCUAUAUCAUUAUGCAUGAACGUUGUCCAGAAACCUGUUCAUUUUGAAAAUGCUCUAAUCUGCUAAAUAAAACGGAAUAUAAGGAAAUGCCAAAUGAGUAAAAAAAAAAACCUGACCUUUUUAAGACUCCGUACUAAUCCCAUUUUACCAUGAAAAACGUGCUUCCACAAAAUCUUUAUAUUAUUGAAAAAAACUACUUUUGUUGAUUAAGCUUCUUUUGACGAACUUGCUGUUGUCCUAGGAGGGGAUGUCUUCUGCUCAUGCUGAGUUUUAUGUUAGCAGGCCACAUUGCCUCUACUAAUCGGCCAACUUCAAGGUCAUGCCUGAACUUUUAAAAUUUAUUUUUAAUACUGUAAUUUCAGACCAAAAUCUUGGCAACGACUGAAAGGUGUAUAUAUAUCCUUGUGAGUUCUUCAACUCUUAUUUGAACCUGUACCCACAAAAAGCAGAAGAUUUGAAGGUUCAUAUGUGUUACAAUGACCGUCCCCAAACCAUUUCUUAAUGGAACACUCUUACACAGCAGAUUUGUUUUAAUAGCAAUGUGGUGUUGAAUGUCUUGGGCCUGGCAUGAGCACGCAGUUUUUGCUGUAGCCAAGCAAAAAGUUUGAUGGAUAGUGCCUUUCUAAGACCAUGAUUACCACAGUAAGCUGUAGUGGUUAUAGUGCCUAGAGUAUCUCUUUAACUUCAAUAUUUUAAAACAUGGAAAUGGUGCAGUUUUUAACUAUUCUUUAUCCACUGGAGAGCAAAAACACUGCUCCGAUCACAUCUACUCUAGUUAGGAUUGAGGCCAUCCAUAAAUAGCAAAGGGCUUUUGGGUAUCUUUGUAGUCCAAGUUAUAGUAACAAAAACAUUGUAUUGUCAACUAUGGUUUAACGAAUUCAAUUAUACUUUCACAUUAAAUUUUGAUGUUUAAAAAACAAAACAAAAAAAAACUCUUGACAUGGCAAGUGAUGAACUCCAUGCUCUAAUCAGGUCAUAUAACAGGUAAAAUCUAUUUCUAGUUCAGUCUGUGACCUUGGCAUUAGGAGAAUGAUUUUAUAUAAGAAAUGUAUUUUUAAUAGCAAUGUUUUACUCCCGACAAUAGCCAUGAAAUGACACUGACUGAAUUAAUUUAGGUAAUGUAAAAGAGCAAGUCUGUGGAAAAUAGUCAGAAGCAGAUAUAACAUUUUAAUUGAAAUCAUUGGCAAAAGGAAAGUUUCUGACAGAAGGCUACCUUGGAGAUCUGCUUGGGUGACAUGUAUUUUGAUGAGGGAGUUGAAAAGGGUCUUAACAUUUCCACAAGCCUCUUGUCAGGGAAGCAAAGGCUAAUAUUGGAAUUUCAAAGCUGCAAACUGUAAACCCUGAUAAGUCAUAAAGGACUAGUAAACUUGUAAAAGCUAAGGAAAUCUGAAUAGUAUAAUGUGAAAUGGUAAAUGUCUCACACUGGAAUAGGCCUCCACAAGUAUCCUUUUGUGAGGCUUAAAGAUGGGUACUUGAACAUACACUCUGGUCAUAAACACUUUACUGCAUGAGCAACACUGUUUACAUCUUAAACUUGAUUUUGUCCUAAAAGCAGGUCAACAAUCUUGGGUCUAUAAUGACACACACCUUCCUGGAAGUCUGGGACUGAAGAAUUGGUUCCCUUAUCUUGUACUUGCAGAGGAAAUGGAACUAAAGCCUUCUUGAGCAUGCGUUCCUAGAUUAUAAAUUACAUGAGGAGAACUGUACAAGAUAACUUUUGGAAAAUUUGAUAUAUACAAAGCAUAGGAGGAAAGGGAAUUAACCCCUUAAGGACCAAACUUCUGGAAUAAAAGGGAAUCAUGACAUGUCACACAUGUCAUGUGUCCUUAAGGGGUUAAAGGGCCACUCCAGACUCCCAAGGGCACUUCAGCUUGCGGAAGUGCUUUAUGGGUGAGGAGUAUCCUAGUUUAACCCCAGUUUAUAAAAGUGCCUUUUAUAAAUUAAAGGGACACUAUUGUAAUUUUUCAGUGAAAAGGCAGUGUUUACAUUGCCCCUAAGCAGGGCUGCCCGGGACGCCGAAUUUUCCUUAUAGCGAUGUAUUGAUUCAAUGCAUAAUUAUGAGGAGGUGCUGAUUGGCCAAAAAAGCAUUAGGCCCCGCCUCCUUGCCCUAUGGGAAAGCAUUGGAUUUGGCCAAAUCUCGAUAAUGUCACCAAGCCACUAGAGGCGUUUCCUGGAGUUUAACAUACUAGAGUUCCCUUAAUUGACACUGAAAGUUCUUGUAUUCCUCCUUCAGACUCAGACCCAGUGCUGAGGGACAUCGGCGCUGAAAUUAGCUAAGUAAAUAAAGGAUUUUUUUUUUCACCCUUUAUGUACAGCAAGGGGGAGGCCACGAGGGAAGGUGGGACCAGAGAUCACUGUAGUGUUAGGAAUAGAUCUUUGUAUUCCUAAAACUUGAAAAUCCCUGAAAUUAAAAUAAUCAAUUAUUUUGUUGUAACCCAAAAUGGAUCAUAGAGGUUUACUAGAUAUUAUUUCCAAGUUAAAAGAAUAAAAAACAAGAUUUUAAGAUUUUGAUAAAUCUCAGCAAAAUGAAAUCAUAUUUGAGGAAAGUGCAAUAUACUAACACAAAACAGUUUUCAGACUGUUUUGAAAUAUUGUGGUUUUGUUUUUUUUAACCAAAUGUUCUCAUUUCAGUGCCAAAUGUAAACAGGUACACAGAUCUGUUUUAACCAUAUGUGGCCAUAGUAAUAUCUACUUUGCAAGUAUUUUGAAACCAAUCUUAACAUACUUAAAUGACAAGAAAAGUAAAUAUUGCACUUUGAAAUCUUUCAUUAAACACACUUAAACUGACUGGGUUAAGAACAGUCAAUUACAUCGAACUGCUUCUAAAAUACUCUUAAGUGGUGAAAUCAAACCAUUAGAUAAAUAUUGAUAAAAUUAUAGAAGCAGUAAUUUUCGAAGAUUUAAAUGGUACAUUUCUUAAAGUUAGAAUUACUAGCUUGGGUAGUUAGAAAAUAUUAUAGGACGUACGUUCAGGGAUUUAUUUACUAAAUACUAUAUUGCAGUGAACUGGAAACUGAAUUCCAAUAUUUAGGCAGUAAUAAAAAAAAAAUCACUAACUCAUACAGGGGUGUUCGCGAAAGUGAGAAUUUCUUGAAAUUCAACAUAAAUUUGUAAAUUAUGGCAAAAAUGGCCAAAUAUGAAAUAAGUCAAUUCCAUUUAUAGUUUGGCUAUUUGUGCCAUAAAUGUGAAAUUCAAGUCUUACUUUAAUGAAUAACCGUGACCGUUUUUUAGCUUAUAAUUUAAAAACAAACCAUUAAAAUAAGCGAUUUUGUUUUAAAAUUUGAAAUUCCCUAGUGAAUUCUUAACCUUGAUUGACUAGGGUUAGGGCAACAAAUUUUAAUAUAUGCAUCUAGUAUGCCUUAGCUGGUUGAAAAAACAAAACAUUUGACGUCUGCCAUGUACAAAAAAAAGUGGAAUUUAGAAGGUUAUUAAAGGAACACUAUAGUCACCUAGAUUACUUUAGCUAAAUAAAGCAGUUUUAGUGUAUAGAUCAUUCCCCUGCAAUUUCACUGCUCAAUUCACUGUCAUUUAGGAGUUAAAUCACUUUUUCUGUUAUGCAGCCCUAUCCACACCUCCCCUGGCUAUGAUUGACAGAGCCUGCAUGAAAAUAAAACUGGUUUCACUUUCAAACAGAUGUAAUUUACCUUAAAUAAUUGUAUCUCCAUUUCUAAAUUGAACUUUAAUCACAUACAGGAGGCUCUUGCAGGGUCUAGUAAGCUAUUAACAUAGGAGGGGAUAAGACAAUCUUAAUUAAACAGAACUUGCAAUAAAGAAAGCCUAAAUAAGGCUCUCUUUACAGGAAGUGUUUAUGGAAGGCUGUGCAAGUCACAUGCAGGGAGGUGUGACUAGGGUUCAUAAACAAAGGGAUUUAACUCCUAAAUGGCAGAGGAUUGAGCAGUGAGGCUGCAGGGGCAUGUUCUACACAAAAAAACUGCUUCAUUAAGCUAAAGUUGUUCAGGUGACUAUAGUGUCCCUUUAAGAAAGUAUGAUAGUAAUUUUCUACCACAUCCUGUUCAUCUUAAUGAUGUCUUCCUUUCUGUGCCAAGUUCCAAAUGGCUUUAGUAAUGUUGCCAAAUACCAAACAGCAUUCACAUUGCUUCAAAGGUGGAGAGGAUUCAAUUCCACUCAGGGUGCAAACUAACCUGGAAAUGUGACUGCUUCACAUCUUGUUUCUUGGUGAUCUUCAUUUUUGGCUGUGUUGCAGUAGUCCCCUUUUUACAUUGCUAUACUUUAUAAUAUAGUUACAUGGAAAAGUAUUAAUUCCCAGAGAGUUAAAUGUAUAUUACAAUUCUCUCUUUGUGUCUAGGCUUACAUGUAGAAAUGCAUCCCAACAACAAACAAAUAACUUGUUAGGCAUGUUGACAGGUGUUCUUUUAUUAUCCUAUCAACGUCAUCUGUACCGUAUGAUCCAGAGUUGUACAAUGGCCUCUUUAAUUAUGUUUUAAAGGUAAGAGUUCUAAAAGCAAAACCUGUACACACCUUUAACGAUAACCUCUCCAUGAUCCUAAUUGAUUGAAAUUGUUUAAUUCCUGUGGAUUUCAUCAUUGUACCUGGUUUCUCAUUACGGAUUUGAUCUGUAAUUGUCCCCGAGGAAGGAUUAUCUAUAUAAAUGUUUUACUAAUUCGAUUUAGCUUCUUCCGUUCUUCUCUCUUACAGAACUUUAUCUUUCAGUCUCCCAGGCAGGACAGGUAGACAAAGGUACUAACAAACCAAAUGUACUUUGUGUACUCUUGAGAAUGGGAAAGCAAAAUGAUGUCACCGACAUUAUAUUUUAGGCCAGACAUUCAAGAACAAUUUCAUACCUUUUUAUAUCUGCCAGCCCACACAAGCUUUGCUAGUGCUGAUUUUUAUUCUUUGUUUAGUUACAUUUUUAUUAACCUUACUAGUGCUUUACUCACGCAUUUUCUGUUCAUUAAUGUGAAACAACUUUUUUUUUUGUUUGUUUUGUUUUCUAACCCAGUCUGUACCUUGGUUAAAUUAACAUGAAAUAGCGUAUAACGAAGGAGAAUGCUGGAUGACUGGUGCUGUAGCUUGGUUAUUUCUCCGACUGGAUGGGUGAUUUCACACUCUAGCUGAAUGUUACUAAUAGAAUGUCUAUUCAAGAAUUUAAAAUUGCAUUUUCAUUACUGGUUUGAAUCUCACAAUCCAUAACUCAACUGAGAGACAUUAACUAGCACUGGACUAACUCUUAUCCACUCUCCUGAUCUAGAAAAUAGACUGUGCUUCAGCAAGUAGCACGUUGUUUGUUUGUCACUAUCGCCUUGAUAUUUCAGAUAUCAAAGCCUAGAUUUAUUGUUUCUAUUAAUUAUAAAUUUCCUCAAACAAAAUACCAUUAAUGUACAUCUAUAUCCUCAGGUUUCUACGGAUCUACCUUGACCCUACUAUCAGUAAGAGUUAUUUUUGGGGGAGCGAAGUGUUGGGUUUUUUUUUUGGUUUUUUUCCUAUUUAAAAUUUCUCUAAAAAAGAUAAACUAUGCAUAUCAUUCAGAACGUCAUUUACAACUAUAACAUUCUAAUCCAGUAGGUCAUCCUUGACUUUUCAUCCUCUUAGUAACACUCUGUAGAACAAGUCAAGUGGAGUUUUGUUAACAUAGACAUAGCCAUGUGAUGGACUUUGGCUAAAACACACAUUUCUGGAAUUCGUAAUAUGUUUAUUGCUUUGAAUUCAAGUACUUUGUUUUUACUUGUGGUCGCCUCAUUUACAAAAUAUCCUUUAGUUUAGAGCAGGGGUUCCCAAUAAAUGUUUCCCGUGGAACCCUUUGACAUAGUGUAUCAACAUCGUGAUACCCCUCCCCUUGGAAAAAAAGAAAUUUCAAUUGCGCCGUUUUUUUUUUUUUUUUUUUAAAUAAAUGUGCCGGUGUCAAGGUGUGUAUAUAUGUGCUUGUAUGUGCCAGUUGUAUAUCUGACACACUGGCAGAUAGUGGCACACAGAUACACACCUUGACAACACAGUGUGUAUCUGUGUUUGUGCCGGUGUGUGUCAAGGUGUCUAUAUUUAUGUUUGUAUGGGCCAGUGUGUGUAUCUCUGUGUCAGUGUGUAUAUGUAUCUGACACACAGAUAUACACACACACACUGGCACACAGAUACACACAUCUUGACUCCCAAAUACACACACACACACUCAAACACUCGGAUACACACAGUGACAUACACACACUUGCACCCACAGAUACACACACAGAGGCACAUACAAACACACUGAUACUGGCGCAUGCACACACAUUUAGAUGCACACAGUGACACAGAUACACACACUGACACACACACUCUUUGACAUACUCUCACUGACACACACACUCUUUGACAGACACACAUACAAACACAUACACUCUCAUUGACAAGAACAGAUACAUUCUCACUGACAAACACAAACACUCACCUACAAACUCCCUAACAGACACAAAUUCAUUUUUUUUUAAAUUUUACUCCACCCAGCCCUCCUACCAUUAGGAGUUCUGGCAUGUAGUCCCUGGGGUUCAGUGGAGCUGCUGGUAUGAAGUUCCUGGGGUCCUCGCUCGCCUCUUAGUGAUGCCGGAGCUGGAGUGACGUCAUAUUCCGGCUCCGGCAUCACUGCUGUGCGAGCAAGGGAGCUGAGCAGGGAGAUCACUGCUCCCUCGCCGCCUGCAGCCAUUUUGUUUUCACAUUCUUUUGGCAGAACCCCAGUUAGUGUUCCGCGGAACACCAAUUGGGAAGCGCUGGUUUAGAGCAACCAAGUGAAAAAGGCAUUAAACUAUUUUAUGUAAAUAAUUUUCUUGAGCCGUGACAUAUACCUAUAGGGGAUUACCCUUUUAUAUUUCUCACCACCGUCAUACAUACGUGUAUAAAUCCACCACAGCCAUGGUUGUUGUGUCAAGUGUUUGUGUGUUUGCAUGAUCCUCUUUAAGUUUUUAUUCCUUGUCAGAAUUUAUGUUUGCCAUAUAACUACAUUUGGUUUGAUUUGUAUUUUGUUUUCGAUAAACAUUUUUAUAGAUAUAUCAGAUUUCAAAUAUUAAAAACAUAUUAUUGUUUACACAAGAAGGAGCCUCUUUGACUUCUAUCAGAGGUAGAGUUUGACAGCUGGAAAUCUCCUUCCCUGUUUAGGUCCUGCCUGUAACUGGCUCAGUUUUUUGGUAGAGAAAGCAAACCUGAGAAGGCCCAUGAGACAGGCUACUUUCGAAGAAAAGUAUCUUUGAACUCAAUCUCAUUUGUGCUCAGGUCAGAAAUAGUUUUCCAAGAUUAUUUUAAAAGUGGUCCUGUACUACUUAAAAUAUAUGGGUUACCAGAUGCACACUUAUAUAAAGUAGGACGCCAUAGCAUUGCGGGAUACCGUUUGUGGAGAUAUAGUGGUAUUCAUAGAUGUAAUCUGCACAGCUUUGCCUACUUUGUAGAAGUUUCGGCUGGAAAAUAAAAAUUAAAAAUAUAACCAUAUCUAUGUAGUGCUACAUAUUAAAUGUCACCGUGCCACUUUUGCCUGAUGUGUUUAUACUGAGAUACAAAAAUGGGUUCACGAAAAGAUACUUUUUAAAAUAAUUGAUCGUAUCUAUUUAGGAUAUGAGAACCCUAUUUUAGCCAAAUGUUUUUGUAUUGUUCACAUUGAAAUAGUCCUUUAACUCUUGGUCUGUCCUCUCCACCAAGGUCUUCUACCUUUCAAUCCCUGUUCUCAUUUCUUUUCUCUCAGCUCCAUUUUUACGCAGUUCUCUGCUUAGUCUUGUAGAGCUGUAAAUCAGAUAACCGAACCUUGCAAAUCACCUUGUGCAAAGGAGUCCUAACAUGAGUACAGACUUCUUGGGAAGUGUCUGGAUCACAAGGUCAAAUAAACACAGGCAAAAAUAAUGAAUUAAGGCUAGGGCUCCAAAAUGUUUGUGAAAAGAGUUCCAUUCAUAUAACACCAACCAGUCUUCAGUGAUCAAAUCAGGAUCAAAAGUCAGGACAGUUGCUGUUCAUUCACACUUGUAGAAUUACAUGCCGUGGUCCGAAAUCCCAAAGUCUGUUCUAGCACAAGUGCAGGAAAGGGAAACAACAGAGCUCUAUGCUACAGACAUAGUGGCUCCAGAUUGAGACAGCACCAUCUGGCGCUUAUAGUUCAUGACAUAUGAAACCCAUUCAGAUCACAUUAUGUAAUUGAUUUUUAAGAUUGGUAUGACCCAUGUUAGAAUAAGUUUAUAUUGGUAUACAUCCAAAUCCCACAACAGAGCAUUAUUGUUACAAUAUUCGGAGUACAAAUAGUCAUAAAAUUUAAUUUUGGGACAUGUUACUUUACUGUGAUGCUUUUUCAACAUUGUUAGACAUAUUGUAUCCAUUUCUGGUACAGACCACCCUUUAUGCAGUCAACAAAAAAUACACUCUGCAAUUUAUAGUGCAGAGUGUGGAACUUUAAAAAGUACUGUAUAUAGAAAGAACGCUGCCUGCUGUGUUUACAUGUUCUUAUAGACUAAGAUUUUUUAUUUUUUUUUAAACUGCUCUUUAUUAUGUUAUAUGACCAUAACUGCCGUAUUUAAUCAAUCUCAUGGCAUUCUACUUUUUACAAUGACUGCUUUAGAAAACUGUUCUGUAAUAACUCAAUGUGCCAGUAGCUUGUGGUGAUAGCUGUCCUUUCAGGGACUUGAGAUAAUGUUAAAAAAAAAAAAAAGACACACAACACACAAAAUUAUGCAUUCAAACUUAGAGAUGCUAAAGCAUUUUAAAUAAACAUCUUAUUAAAGGUUCAGUGGAGCUGCUGGCAUGAAGUCCCUGGGGUCCAGUGGGGCUGCUGAGCGACCGGCGUGCAGGCGGCGAGGGAGCAGUGAUCUCCCUGCUCAGCUCCCUCGCACGCCUCUUAGUGAUGCUGGAGCUGGAGUGACGUCAUAUUCCGGCUCUGGCAUCACUGCUGUGCGAGCAAGGGAGCUGAACAGGGAGAUCACUGCUCCCUCGCGGUCCGCGGCCAUUUUGUUUUCACAUUUUUUGACGGAACCCCAAAUAAACAUCUUAUUAAAGGUGUUUGGUAAUCCUUAAUAGUUUCAACAAACGAAAAAACAACUAAUGCUGACAUUGCACACCUUAUCUAAUUUAUGCUUUUUAAACCUUUCCUCUGGAAUCAUAAGUGGUCCAGGAUCUAGGCCUUCCCUAUAAUGUGUUAUGAUGGUGAUACCGUUACAAUGGACUAUUAAUGGUGUUUGAGAAGCACUGAUAUGUUUCUCUUUUCAAACACACAUUUAUUACCAGCUUCAUGCUGCUGUCUGUGAAAUUCAGGAUUUCAACUGGAAUUUACCUGUUUAUUAUCAUAAAUUGUCUACUGUUGUCAGACUCUUUAUUUUGGAGUACCGAUCUUGAUUAACGUAUCAAUGUCAGGUCAUUGUUGUACUGCCAGUUCAUCUAAUUAAAAAAUAAAUACAAAUAUAUUUAUUAUUAGGUGUUUUAUUAUCUACAAAUUGGAUGGUAUUUAGGCAAGUUUUCUUGAACACUUUACUGUUCCUGUAGGAAUUUUAUAUAGAUUUCAAAACCAUGACUUGACCGCAUGAUAUACACAUUUUUGAUGUUCAUUAUCUUUAAGUUAUGCUUGUAGUUUUGUGAAUUAUUUUUUUUUUCCCUUGGUUUUCAUUUUAUUAUUUUGUGGACCUGGCAAAUGAAUUUAAUGAAAUAUGUUCUCAUUCCUUUGCAUUGCUAUCCUUGUGAUUCCAUAUAUUGAAAUUAAACAAGUGUCUGUACAAGCCCCCGAGCAGUUUGGCCGCAUUUGGAUAUACUUGCAGACUUCAUUUUGUUUUCUUUCUCUUGAUCCUUUCAUUUGUAUAACCUCAUUGAAGUAGAUUGAUCAUAUUGUUUAGCCUGUGACGAAUCAUCUCCGCAUCAUUGCAUUUCUGCUGUUGACGUGUGUUAUAUGUAAGAAAAGCAUAAAACUAAACCAUUUUUGGUUUGAACAAACAUGUUUACAUCUACAGUUUGACAGUUUGCGUAUACAGCAUGCAGUAUCCGUUGAUUAACUACUUGCAUUUGUUAAAUAACAAAUGAAAUUGCUUGUUGUAAUGUUCCUCAGAAAAUUGGUUGCCUUCCAAAAGUUUAUUAAUUCAAAAGGUUAUACACCUAGGUUCAGGAAAUUAGAUGGGUAAUAAAGGUUUUCAGAAUCCUCCGUGAGAAUGUGUUGAGUGACUGGCAUUCUCAUAUAGUAGAGCUAACAAAAACUCUAAGUGAAAAAGGUUCUUAGGAUCUAAACUUGGACAAAUAUUGUAUGUCCUACUGGAAAAAUAGAGGAUAUAACAUGAAACAAUAAACAUUAUGUCUUCUCUUGUAUGAGGUUAUUGCAGAGAAGAUAUUUAAAGGUAGGUACUAUAUUUGACCUUGUGUUAUCUACCUUGGUUCCUCAAACUAGCCUCAAGUCAAUAUUCAUAUAAGACAGAUAUUCAUACUGAUGUCCACAGUAUUGCAAACAUGCACAUAAAUCCUACAAUCACUCUCUGACAUAAACAAUUGUCUUCUUUUCACGGAGAUGGAUCAUUGUUUCCAGUCUACAUUAACAGUUCUAUUGGUUUAAACGUUGUAUGUGACCUGUAAUCAAAUAAAAAUAGAAUUUUCUUUGGUAAGUCAUCAUAUUUUGUUUGUAUUUGUAGGCUUUUUCUUUGCAGAACUCUUACAGGUAAACAGAUUUGUUAAGUUAUUAACAUGUUUAGCAUAACAAGCAUAACUCUUUGUUGUAGUUAGAAUGAUAUCUUUGGAAUCAUUAUGCCAUGCUCUUUUGUCUUGUCGAGGAAUGGAAGUUUUACACAAGUAUACAUGUAAGGGUAUCCUUAAGUUAGCACCUCACAUUAAGAUGCUCACAUAAAGGGACACUGACCACCAAAACUACAACAGUUUAUUUAAGGUGGUGCAGUUACUCCUGUUUUUGUCAACCAGUUUUUGAGCAGUUUGACAAAAAACAUGGUUCUCCCCGCGCUCAUGCUAUCCACAGGUGAGGAGUUUUACUUAUUACACAUCCAAAUUUAGAUGGCAAAGAUGGGCUGCAAGCAGUAGGAUACGUUGUUUUUACUGCUUACAGGCUUUUAUUGCUGUCCUAAUUUACCUAUAAUGUUAAUGGUGCAUACUCUUUAAAGUACUCGAGAUGACAUUUCAAAAUAUUUUUUUCUUCUUGGAUGUUGUGAGCCCACGAGUUGUGUUUAUAUUUGAUAAAGGCCCUCCUACCCAUAGGCAGUAAAAACAUCCAUUAUACCAUGCUUCAGCACGCUUCUUCCCUCUUUAUCCCCUUUUUUAGAGUCCAUGGUUCUGUUUUUACCAUGAUGGAUGGCAUGUUAGAUGAAACUCUAAAGAUUUAUUUUCUUAUACAUAUAUUUUACAAGCCUGAAAUUGAGGCUGUGUCUGCAACGGAGGGUCACCUGGUCCACCUACUAAGUCCUAUAUGGCUCGGGUUGAACGAUGAAUGCACAGGAUUGUCAGUGUUGCACUAGUGGGUUUUACUGUACCCUGAAUGGAAACAUACAGUGUUUGCUACUUUCCUGGGUCGUUCAAUUAUCCCUAUUGGGUUUACACCCUUUGUAGAUGGCCAGGCUUGAGAUCCAGAUGGGGCAUAGGCUUUCUGUUGAAAGCAUCAAGGUGCACCUUAGGCAAGUGCCAGUUUCUAUGCCAUUCUCGCCUUAGGCCACCCUUUCCAUCACUGUAUGACCCUAGGGUGUAAAGGAGUGACAGUAACUCUACCUCCACUUUACCAAGUCUGUAAUUUGAGGAAUAUUAUUGGGACACAACCUGUUCAAAAGGAAUGCACUUACUGGGACAGUAGCUAUGUUUAUAUGUUUGCCUGUCAGUUCAGUUCAUCUCUUGUAUUUUGAAAACACUUUUGUUCAAUGGAAUGGAAUUUUUUGACCACAUUCUCACCUGCUCUAAAGUCUCUACAUAGGUAAGUACUCAACAGUGUCCUUUUGUGUUCAAAAGGAAAGCAGAGAAGGCUCUCUAACUGUGCUGUACCAAAUUAAACUAUCUGGACAUGUUUAUCCUUAUUGCUACUCUAUGAGGGUUAAUAAUUAUUCUAAUCAUUGUCUGCAGGGUGUUGCUUACUUGGCUGCCCUUAGGACAGGUUAGGCAACCUUUGGCAUUCAAGUUGAGAACUACAUCUCCACUGAGGCCUUUCCAGCAUUGUGGCUGAAUGACAUUAUGAAAGAUGCAGUUCACAACAUCUGGAGUGCCAAAGUUGCCUCCCCCUGUCUGCAGGAAGGUCUUACUUGUCUAGUAAUCCAGUGCAAACAAAGGUGGCUGGUGCCUUACAAGCAAGCUCUAUUCCUUAAAGUGGCACUGUCACCCCCUCACCACCCCUCUGCAAAAUGAGUAUUUAAUAAAUAGAAAAACUUAAUGAAAUACUCAUAUUGACUGUUUAGGAAUUUACUGAAAUUCCUACCCAGUCAAAACAUAUACUAAGACAGUAAUAAUACUGUACUUUUGCGCAUGCAGUAGUGACGUCUGCUCCUGGCAUUUCAGAAGAGGAACGGCUGGAUGAUGGUGCCCACGAGGGAGAGGAUCAGGUUAGUAAAUCUCACCUUUGCCUACCCUGGCUGGACCCCUAGUUGCAAUGUAACCAUUAAAGGUCUUUGCAAAUUAUGGUAAGUCCCCAGGUGGUGACAGUUCCACUUUAAAUUAAUUUUGGUCUUAAUGAAAAUUAAGCUUUUUCCAUUCCAGUUGUUCCACUUGAACCUACUUCUUGAGUUCCAUUUCUGCCAACUGGAUUGGAAAUCCAAGGGCCUCUUGCAGCAGCUACAUUUGGAUCACCUGAGGGAGUGUUACAUGGAUUGGUGGAUUUCCUGUCCAUUGGUUGUCCAAUCGUGUUCCUUUAAGAACGGUUUGUGGGAGUCACAAAGGGCAGAGGGAACUUGUUCACCUCAUAAGCCGAGGCAUUGGAGGAGGUGUGGAACUCUGUUGGAAAACUUAUGUCUGCUUUGCAUCUGAUAACAGCACUGUGGUUGCCUGUGUCAACUGCCAUGAGGGUGGUCCCCACGAUCCUCUAGAGUCGGAAGCUAUAGCUGAUUCCAAUUACUUUUGUAGACCAUUGAGAGGACAACUGUGCAAGGCCUUGCACUUAAGACGGUGGAAUCUCCAUCCUGAGGUCUUCAUCCAGCUUAUUCGAUGCUGGAAUUUCCAAGAUUUCUACAAGCCUCUUUUUUGAAUGUGUAUAGUGCCAGGAGGAAGGCAUGUUGUGACCCUGGUAAAUGCAUGGAAGUUAUAUUAUAACUUACACGAGAUCUGCUUCUGAUAGCUUUUGUGUGCAUGACUAGAAUGCAAGUCUGGUAGAGAUGCCCACAGCCUUUAUGGCAGAACUUUCUUCUCCAAAUUCCCUUUUUACAAUCCAGACCUUUGGGGUCUGUCUAUGAUGGCAUGGAAAUUGAACGUGUGAUUUUACAUUCCAGAUGUUUUUUGGAUAUGUUCAUUGAAACCUUGCUUCAGACUUUCAAGUCUCUUACUAGCUGCAUUUAUACCUUGCUGUGUGUUAUUCGCAUAGGAACAGGUGGGAGCCUUUUAAAAUCUCCUUAUUUUGGAUUCCUCCAGGAAAGCUUAGAUAAGGGUUUGGCCACAAAAACAUUUGGUAAGAUUUUAUCUGUUUUGGUGCUUUUGCACCAUAAGCUGGUUUCUCUUCCAGACAUCCAAACUUUUUUGCAGUCACUGGCUGUCAGGAUUGGGGUAACCCCUACACACAGAGUGAAGGAGGUUAGCCAAAAUAGAAGGAAGAACAUGAUACAUAUACCAGACCUUAAAGUGGCCGGACUUAACGUAUGCCUAAAGGCAAGAAAUCGUAGUAAAAAAAGGAUGCUUAGGUCAAGAAAUACAGAGGUAUACAAGAACGAGAAAAGAAGCCAAGGUCAAAAGGGAUACAGAGAGUCAAAAUACGAAACCAGGUCAGCAACAGGAAAAGCAGAAUACAGUGGGACCUCGGUUUUACAAAUUUAACGCGUUCUCCGGGACAUUUCUUAUUGCGAAACAUUUGUAAACCGAAACGCGGUUUCCCAUAGGAAUGCAUUUAAAACCAAUUAAUCCAUUCUGGAGGUCAGAAAUAAGUCAAAACGAGCUGGCAUGGAAACCAACCCACAAAGUAGAACAUACAGUAAAAGGCAUGCAAACGACGAAGCUCAGCUCCCUACUUUUCCACCAAAAAGUCCCAAAACAACUGCAAACAGUUUCCAGAAUGGCUCCAAAACUCUAUGCAAAAGCCACUCCAACACCUCCACACUCGACGCCACGUGCUACCCACAGGCUCCAGCAUGCAGGGGGCGGUGCUAUAAACCUCCCAGGUGCAAUUGUGUAUUGCGAAACAAAUUUGUAAACCGAGGCAUUAUUUUAAAUGGAUUUUCAUUUGUAAACCGAAAAUUAUGUUAACUGAGGCGUUUGUAAACCGAGGUCCCACUGUAAUAAUAAAAGCACUCUCAGGCCAACAAGAACCACAACAGGGCAAUAAUUCCCAGCAAGGGGGGGAACUUAUAUAGGGCUAGAAAGAAUACUAUUGGACACCAUCAUCACUCUGCACCAGGACACACAAAGGGGUGUGGUCUGUGCAAGACGUCCAUUUAUUCAUUUUUUCUAAAGGUUAUCUCCGCUAAUAUUAACCAAGAGAUUACUCCCUCCUUUUGUCCUCCACCAGUGAAUGACGAGGAGAAAUCAUUGCAUAGUAUUGUUUGUGCCUUUUUAGUAUUUUGUUAGUAUGUUGAGGCCAUUAGACUUUUUAGUAAAUUAUAUUUCUUGUUUGUUUUUGUUUUUCUAGACAUCAUUUGAGUUUGACUGCCACUCUCACCUACUGGCAUUAUUUAUAUAGCUCCAACAUAUUUCACAGUGCCUUGCAAUAUUAUAAAGGGGAAUAUUUUGCAACAAACGAGUCAAAGUAUUACACAUAGUGACAGGGAUUAAUAGGUUGAUGGGGACACUGUUUGAACAAGUUUACCCACAAAAUCCAUGAUUUAAAAGGCCUCCCUUGAACAGGGUCACUGCUCGUAGGAGUCUAUCUAGUGAGACUUUCACCAUGAGACUUUCACCAUGAGACUUCUAUUUACGAAAACUGAAAGGCAGCAAUUGGUCUUCCUUGAAUACAUUAUCUAAAUGUUAUAGCUUUGGUGGCUUUCAGUUGGUUGACACUGCCUUUGGCAGACCGUUGUGACCUUUUUGUCACGUCAUUGCUCAUUUUACACGUGGCCUCAUGUUCUGCUCUGUUUCGUGAUUUGUGGGUUCUCACUUUCCAAAGAAGGAAACAAAGUUUGCGUCUUGUCAAAUGAAUUUCCUUUUGCAUUGCGAGACACUAUAAGUCCCUGCCCUUCAUUGAUUGAUUGUUGAUGCCUCGUGCAUGUGCUUUACUUGCCCUGCUUGCUUUGUUGGUUCUUACUGCUUCUCUUUCUCCUCCUCUUGGUCAUAUGGAGAAGUGAAGAUUCUAGAAGCGGAAUUAGUGAGGGAGGAGUGUGCUGAAGCCUUGCAUUUCUCUUCUGGUUUGGUGGGACUUUAUCCCAUAUAUUGUGAUUUGUGGGCUCUCACCAACUGGAAAGAAAUUUUGUCUGGUAAAUGGAGUUAUUUUAAUCUAUGAAAGAAUCUGUGUUUAGUCACUAAAGAUAUUAAAGAGGCUCUUUGGUUGUGACUAUCCAUUGUUGAUGCUAAAGGAAGGUAUAAUUACCUGAAACUCUCCUUCACAGGCACUGUCAUUUUUCUUCAUCUGCCAGGAGUCAAUAUCACUUCUGCACUCUUGCCCAUGUACGAGAGUAGAGCACAGAGUCCUAUUGACUAGACCACAAGUCUCUGUAUUCCAUAGUUGAGAAAAGUUCAUUGCGGAAGCUCUGCCUUUUGUCAACUUGGACUUUUGCCUAUGAGACAAAGUAGUCGCUACUUUGUAUAAUGUUAUAUUUUAAUUGCAUUAGAGUUUUACUGUAAUUCUAACUCUGCCAACUUGAGUACUUCAUAAAGAAUAUUUAUGAAAUACACAUAAAAUGACCAAAGUGGCAAACCUGCUUUAAAGGGCCACUAUAGUGCCAGGAAAACAUACUCGUUUUCCUGGCACUAUAUAGUGCCCUGAGGGUGCCCCCACCCUGAGGGUCCCCCUCCCGCCGCUCUGGAUGGAGAGGAAGGGGUUAAACACUUACCUUUCUCCAGCACCGGGCUCCCUCGGUGCUGGAGAAUCUCCUCCCUCUUCUUCCGUCAUCGGCUGAAUGCACAUGCGUGGCAAGAGCCAGCCUCAUAGGAAAGCAUUCUCAAUGCUUUAUUAUGGACGCUGGCAUCUUCUCACUGUGAAUGAGACAGCCACUAGAGGCUGGAUUAACCCUAAAGUAAACAUAGCAGUUUCUCUGAAACUGCUAUGUUUACAGCAGAAAUGGUUAAUCCUAGAGGGACCUGGCACCCAGAUCACUUCAUUAAGCUGAAGUGGUCUGGGUGCCUAUAGUGAUCCUUUAAGGUUCCACUUUUCGUUUAUAGAAGUUUAGACUGUGACUUGAACGUACACAAGCAUGUUUUUCAGUUAAUACACAAAAACCUCAAUUUACUAGGGUUAUUUAAAAGAAAAACUUUAUGUUCAGCUUUAAGCUAGCAUGAAAUACCAUGCAGGUCUUAUUAUAUAAAUGAAAACAAACUAAUUCACAGCUCAACACCCCAUGUGAAGUAUUUUAAUCGUGUAGACCUUAAAGUCGGCGUUUUAUGUGUCUCUGUAUUUGUGACCUGUCUAACCCCUAAUUCAUAUUACUUCAUUUCAUGCAAACAUUCAGAUAUCAUGCACCUGCUGUGACCUUUAGGAUCAAGCUAUGUUUACCAUCACUCAUUAGAAGCAAAAAAAGUUAUUAAUUUCGUGUUUUGUUUUUUUUUGUUCUUUCUUUAUAUCCUAUACACAGACUGGUUUAGCAGGAGCUCCAGCGAGGGCUGUGUCUGCUGUAAAGAAUAUGAACCUUCCGGAGAUCCCGCGGAAUAUUAACAUUGGUGACAUCAGUAUAAAAGUGCCAAACUUGCCCUCGUUUAAAUGACCUGACCCUUCACUGUUAAUAUAAUAAUCUGAUAUGUUUACUAAAUAAAAUGAAAAAAAAUAUCUUAUUGAGUGAAAAGUGUAGGAAUUCUGUAGAUUAUAUGUGGAAAUGUAUAACUGAUAUAGUUUUACUCAGCAUCGCAAACACUAGGAAAAGUAUGAUUUCCAUAUUGCAUUCCUAUGCCUCUUUGAGUGCCAGAAGUACUAGCAAAAUGAAUAACAAUGUUCUGUAUCUCGUAGUAGAUUGUAAUGGCACUUAAACAGUUAAGGCGUGUCUUGGCUUUUGACCUAUCCUGGAAAAAAUAUUUAAUAUGUAUUGUUGUUGUUAAAGCCACAGUGUUAUCUUUUCUAUCCACUUAACUUCUAUAAUUAGAUGCUGAGCAUUCCAUGUUCUAGAUUACUUGAGAACGUGUACUGUACCACGCACGAGAACAUUUGGAUAAAUAAUUUUUUAAAAUUUUCACCUAAAUUAACUGGUUCUGGACUCCUUUGUGUUUGAAAAAAUAUACUACAACUUUUUUUUAUUAUUAUUAUUGGUUUCUUGCUCUUUGGCAUGGACGAAAAAAAAAUCUAAAAUAAUAUUUGAAAACUGUAAUAAACCUGCUGAGGUUGUAGUGUCUUGAAUUUGAUGUUCUGUAAAAUAAAUAUUUUAUGAAUGUAUCGGUUGUCUAUUUCUGCCCCAUGGAAAGGUAAAGGUGGGUUUAUUUUUGCUUGUUUUGUUUUUUGGUUUCUGUGUUUUUUGUUUUAUUUUUUUAUUUUUGUAAGCUGAAUGUUUUGUGAGCCAAGUUACCAUUAAGUUCAAACCGUAAUCACUCUGUGUUCUGACCAUUCCCAUUUCCAUGUUCGUGUAUCAAAGGGUCAUGGAAUAAAAAUUAAUAUUCAUUAAAUGCAUUGUCUGAUAUCAAAACCACCUACUGAAAGGGACAAAUUGAUGUUUUAUGAAGCACAAUGUGUAUAGCAUUCUAUAUUUUAUUCAUGUAUAUAGGUUGAGAGAAUAUCUGUGUCUUUUUACAUGGUUUUCUGAAGUUUUUCACUGUGAUGUAGUGCUACUCUUGAUGAUCCAGUAUGUGACAUGUGAAUAUAAAAACAUAUAAACUU